GCGAUUCUUAUGAACACGCCCCAAUCUGUUCCUGGAGAGCGGUCAGCCCGAGCGAUUCCAGCCGCCUUGACUCAGAUUUUCUGGGCAACAGGCAAAGCGGAGUUCCGGCAGGCCGGGCUGGGCUGGGCAGGGCAGGGCAAGAGCGCGGCAAGGCAGCCGUGCGCGCUCGGGAAGAGACGGGGCGGGGCUCCGCGCUUGUUGUUCGUCACUUGGUGCAAAGCCCGAGCGAGUCUCCGGAGAGAACAACGAGCUCAUUCACGGAGUGGCAGCGAGGCGGGCAGCCAAGCCGGGCGAGGAGCGCGCCCCGCCAAGCCUGGAUUUUCCUACUCGUCCUCCAUCCAGCGACAAGCCCUUCCCUGGGAUUUGCAGCCGCGCGUGGCGCACCCUCCCGGCCCCAUGCCGCCGCUUCUCUACCUGUCCCUCCUGCCGGGGCUCGUCCUCGCCUUCAACCUGGACACGGGCAACGUGGUCAUGUGGAGCGGGGACUCCGGAAGCCUCUUCGGCUUCUCCUUGGCGAUGCACCGGCAGCUGCAGCCCGAGGACAAGAGGCUGUAAGUGGGUCCGUGGUGGGGGAAGAAGUUGCCUGCAUCUUGAUCCCGGCUGGGUUUUUGGGAAGGGGGCGAGUAAAUUGGGGGGGGGAUCCCCAUAGGGUACCUCGGCUUGCCUAGCCCUAGAUGCGCCGCGUACUGGCUCCCGAGAAGCCUUAAUGCGGAUCCUCUGUCUUGGGCAGAGCUCUUGGCUGGGCUGAAGCGCUGAUCGCCAGAUUCCGAAGUCGACUUAAGUUGUUUGCUUGCUUCUUUUGAGGGGGGGGGGGGGAGGAUGCAAACGUGUUGCGCCCUCGCGGCGCGCGCAAGGCCCGCAGGUGCGAUCGGGCAGAAGUAACCCCACUCGCGCGCGCACAGGCUGCCAUGCGAAGCGGCGCGCUCGCUUGGAUCAAAGGAUCCGUCGCUGCCAGCCGCGAUUCUGUGCUUUCCCCACUCCUUGGGGUCCUGUCGGGGAUGGAACCCGGGCUGCACACGAUCCGCUCAGCUCUGGGGAAGCGGAGCCGGAGGCGCUGCUUAUUCGGAAGUUUGUUCGCCGCCUGUGCCCGCGUUGCGAUUUCUCCACCAGGGGGAUGGAGGUGUGGAGCCAGCAGGCAGGGUGAGGCUCCCAAGGACACCAACUUCCGCCGGUGUGUGUGUGUGGCAAAUGCCUCCCUCUCCCCAACCGACCCCCGAUCGCGGAUUUGCAUGGAGUUAUUUUGUGCAUGGGUGUGUGUGUGUUAUUUUUGGCUAAUACCCAAAAUGGGGAUCGAAGGACCCACCAACCACCUGUUAUGGCGGGCUGUGUUAUGAUAGUGGGGAAAUCAAGAGUUGCUGCAGAAAACGCGAGGGACGGAUGGGACGGAUCAAAAUGUCGGAAGGGAACUGGGUGUUUUGAAAAAAAAGUGGCUGAUCCGGGUUGUUGCUCCGGGAUCCACUACCUGAUGGAGAACUAGAGUUGGGGAUCCAUUAAGCCAAACGAGAUUCUCGGAAAAGGCUCGGUUUGGAACAAAACAAAACCUGCCCCAGUGUGUUUGCGCAUUCCUGAUCCCUGCUAACAAAGAAUGCCGACGGGGGUGUAGGGCAACAAAAGGACUUUCCCCCUCAGGGAAUGCAAACUUUUCAGGUCGGUUGAGCAGCAACGCCGAAGGGCGGUGCUAAAAUAAGCGUUUAUAUGCUCCCCUUCAGGAAAGCACGUUGAAAAAGGCAGGAUGCCCGGUUUGAACAGCAUUUGAACGGAGCCAUUUUUUGAAGAAGAAGAGGAAAGAAUCCUUUGGCAUUUUGUGGGUGUGUGAGCUUUGCCCAGUCAUGCCAACACACAGCUGAGAUACAUGUCUCUCAUGACAAUCACAAGAUAUGCUUGCCCCCAACUUUUCCUUAACUCUUCUUGCGGACGGAUGUAGUAAACAAGCCGCUUAAAUGAGGGAGAGGCUUUUAAAUUGGGUUGCCACCUGGUUCAGAAAAACAAGCACAACCACAGUCUGGCCUUCUCUUCGCUGUUAACACAAGAGAUUUAAUCUUCAGAAAUUGCCUUAAGUUCAUGUGACUAAACAUGAUUAUCUGCAGAUUGCUGCAGCAGACCCUUCAAGUGUCCAUAUUCUCCAAGGACGUCCCUGAUUUAGAGAAGCUGCUUCUGACUUGAUCCUGGAAUGUCCCACUUUUCCUUAGGGCCGCUGACCCUAAUUUCAUUGCAGAACUGAGCCCUCUAAAGGCAAUCCUGUUUAGGGAAGUUUUAAAAAUGUUUUAUUAUGUAUUUAUAUAUGUUGGAAGCCGCCCAGAGUGGCUGGGGCAACCUAGUAAGAUGUGUGGGGUAUAAACAGUAAAAUUAUCAUUAUGGAAUGGGAUGUCCCUACUUUCAUUGGAUAAAUGUAGGAGGGUAUGGGAGCCACCACCACCAAGGCCACCAGCUGUGUCACCUUGUGGAGAAGCAGUGUUGGCAUUGGUGCUGAUUCCCUGAAAGAUCUCACCCAAAUCUCAUGAGGAUGUAGGCCUGGCCAGGAUGCCUUUCCUGCUAUACCUUCUGGGCUUGACAAGGCAUGUGACCCUCACCUGUUCUGAUUCUACUCCAGCUGAUGAAUCACACACCUCCUCCCCUAGCUAGCAAGCCCCACCUGGGCUGUGGAAGUGCCACCCUGCUUUGCCAAACCACCUCACCACCACCACUCGUGGGACACUCGCCACCACUGUACCACUGUAGUGCUGGCCUAGGCGCCGAUUCUCUGAAAGAGCAUGCAAGAUCUCACUCAUAUGAGAUAUUUUGCUCUCUUCAACAUCUUGCAAGUCUUUGAUAAAAUCUCGCAGGAAAUGAGCACCUAUCCUGACACCACUUCUCUGGCAGAGGUGUGGGCAUGGCAGGAGGCGCCCUUGAGGGUGCUGCCUCGGGGGCUUCUGCUGCCUAAGGCAGUUACUUCACACCACUUCCUAGGUGGGCUGGCCUUGCUGGAUGUCAUUAUGGUUAUGCACACUGGUAUCUGUAUACCUGUGAGCACACACCUUUAGUGUGUGGUUUUUUUUAAUUAAAAAAAUACAAGUUUCUCAGUCUACCAGAUUUGCACAAAACAGCAGCCGUGUGUGUGUGUGUGUGUUGCUUCAAGCCAGGAAACCUGAGAUUCAUGGGUAUGUGUUUACAUGUACACAUAACACCUGUGAUCUACCAUGCUUGCACAAAAGAGCAGUCCAAAAAUAAAAAAUAAUCGAUGCCUCAUUCCAAACUAGGUAAGGAUUUGUUCACAUUUGGAGUUGUUGGCUGUCACUUCAUUUCCUCCCCCUUUCCUGCCCAUCUCCUGUGCCCAUGGGCGUAGCGGGGGGGGGCAGAGGAAUCCACAAAUAUUAUUGAAAAGCAAUGAAAGUACUCAGUUAUUACCAAGUGACCCUAUUUUCCAGGGACGUCCCUGAUUUAGAGAAGCUGCCCCUGUUUCUGAUUUGAUCCCCUUUUCCUUAGGAUGUCCCUAUUUUCACUGGAGAAAUGUUGUGGGGUAUGGAGUUAUCCGACCCUCAAGCUGUCUGAAGGCAAUCCUGCAUAGGGAGGUUUGUUCAAUGUUUAAUGCUUUGUUGUGUUUUUAUAGGUGUUGGAAGCUGCCCAGAGUGGCUGGGGCAACCCAGUAAGAAGUGUGGGGUAUAAAUAGUAAAAUUAUCAUUGUGGAAUGGGAUACUCCUAUUUUCAUUGGAGAAAUGUUGGGAGGGUAUGCUGCUGAUGAAUCAGCUGUAAAGGGGUAGAGCAUGAGACUCCUAAGCGCAGGGUUUGGGGUUUGAGCCCCACUUGGCGCAAAAGGUUCAUGCAUGGCAGCGGGUUGGACUAGAUGACCCUUGUGGUCCCUUCCAACUCUACAAUUCUGUGAUUCUAGGUGCAGGUUGAAAAACGGAAAACGCUCGUAGUUUAAAUUGUAUCAUUGCUUGAAAAUUUGGCAUAAGAGAAAGCUGUGCGCAGGGACCAUCUGGGUAUAUUUUUUGAAGGACACACUUUUGGUCAAGACUAAAUAACCAAUUUUGCGCUGGGGAAGAACCUGAUAAAAGAGCAUGGGAAACAGGUGAAGUGAUGCCACCUUUAAGAUCAAUGCAACUGUGUUGUGUGGCUUGCUCAUCUAUAGAUAAUUGGUGAGAUCAGAAUUGCUGUAUAUAACACCUCUUAACCUGAACAUGUUAAUAACUGGUGGGAAACCUUUGGUCUGUGGGCCAAAUAUUUGGCCUGUGAGUUGGUUUUGCGAAGCCAUGUCCACUUGUCUUUUACGUGAUUCAUGAAUUGGAGGGGGUUGUACUAGAUGGCCCUUGGUUUCUGUGAUUCUAUAUGAUGACCGGUGUGGGGCUGGUGAAGAUACUGCUGGGCCAAAAUGGGGUUUGCAGAGCCCUGCUGAUUGUACAAUUCUGGUUGUCAGCUGGUCAGUGCUUGCAUUUGAGGGGGGGCUAUAACUCAGCUGAUUGUCAGGGCUUCAGAGCAGGGCAGUCUGCAAACCCCAAAGAUCAUCUCAUUCAAUAAUUUACAUCUAGUCCUAGGUUUUCACAAGUGCAGCAUUUUUAUACAUUUAGCACAGGCUUCCUCAACUUCGGUCCUCCAGAUGUUUUUGGCCUACAACUCCCAUGAUCCCUAGCAAGCAGGACCAGUGGUCAGGGACGUCUCCAAACAUCUGGAGGGCCAAGGUUGAGGAAGCCUGAUUUAGCACUUUAGAAUGGCGUGUUUUUACAUACGUUAUCUUGUAUUCCUUACACCAACCUUGCAUGAUCACCCAGCAUUAUCCUAAUUGUAGAUGUACAGUUAAGGCUGAGAGUGUUGCUUACGGCCGCUUGCUGAGCUCAUGGCACAGCUAAAAUUCAAACCACAAAUUUCAUAUUCUCAGCAGUGCAAUCCUGUGCAUGUCUACCCAGAAGUAAGUCCCUUUGAGCACAUCGGGGUUUAUUCCCAGGUAAGUGAGCAUAGGAUUUCAACUUCAUUCUCUUAGUCUGUAGUCCUAUACUCACAUUUCUUGGGAAUAAGGUAAAGGUAAAGGGACCCCUGACCAUUAGGUCCAGUCGUGACCGACUCUGGGGUUGUGCGCUCAUCUCACUCUACAGGCCGAGGGAGCCGGUGUUUGUCUUCAGACAGCUUCCAGGUCAUGUGGCCAGCAUGACUAAGCCACUUCUGGCGAACCAGAGCAGUGCACGGAAACGCCGUUUACCUUCCCGCCGGAGCGGUACCUAUUUAUCUACUUGCACUUUGACGUGCUUUUGAACUGCUAGGUUGGCAGGAGCUGGGACCAAACAACAGGAGCUCACCCCGUUGCAGGGAUUUGAACUGCUGACCUUCUGAUCAGCAAGCCCUAGGCUCUGUGGUUUAACCCACAGCACGACCCGUGUCCCUAUUCUAUUAUUCCCUUAUUCUUGGGAAUAAGUCCCAUCAAAUGCAACAGGGCUUAUGCACUGUGCUAGAGAACUUCAUUUCAGCAAAACUUUGUUUCGUUCCAGGAACUGAGAUGAAACAACUCUCAUUCAACUCUUGAAUAUUUUAUGUGAAAUAAAGUAAUGCAUAUAUUGGAAUGGGGAGCCUAAAGUGAAGAAAAACUGUGUUUGCAAUGGACUUAACAAUAUUUAAACUGCACCUCCUAUUAAACAUUAGCUUCUUUUCGUUCUGGAGGAGCAGAACGGAAGAGAACUCCCUUUUCUUUGCCCUCAAGGCUCGGGUGAGCUGCCACAAGUACGAACAUGUGCUUCCUUUGGGCAUGGCUGCCUUAUGCCAUUGCUGGCGUCGACCCAGCAUUUAUCAACUUGCCUUUUGACUGUGCAUUGUUUGUUGAGCUCUCUCACUUUUUGAGGGGUAGAAAUAGACAUAGCAUCAAAAGCGUUCUUCACAAAAGCUUGGCUCCAGUUAUGAGUGUAGAAACACACACGUUUAAUAUAAGAUUGGAGCCCUUAACACACCUAUGUGGAAGUCAUAUCCAGUUAAAUAAAUGUUUAGGACUGGGGCGUAAGGCUGUAUUACUGUUUAUAAAAUGAAAGCCAAUGGAUCUCAGGCAAAGGACAUCAGAUAUAUUUACAGGGGCUCUUGGAGACUUUAAGAACAUAAGAGCCCUCCUGGAUCAAACCAAAGGUGACUAGUCCAGCAUCCUAUCUUCAUGGUAGCCAACCAGAUGCCUAUAUAGGAAUAAUAGUAAUAGCAAUAAUAAUAAUAAUUUUAAAUAUAUAUAUAUUUAUUUAUACAUACAUACAUACAUACAUACAUACAUACCCUGUCCUUCUGGCUGGGUUUUCCCAGCCACCCUGGGCAGCUCCCAACAAAAUUUGAAAAACGUGAAAAAACAUCAAACAUUCAAAACUUCCCUAAACAGGACUACUUUCAGAUGUCUUCUAAAAGUCAGAUAGUUGUUUGUUUCCUUGACAUCUGAUAGGAGGGCAUUCCACAGGGCAGGCACCACUACCGAGAAGGCCUCUGUCUGGUUCCCCAUAACCUCACUUCUCUCAGUGAAGGAACCGCCAGAAGGUCCUUGGCGCUAGAUCUUAGUGUCCUGGCUGAACGAUGGGGGUGUGGACGUUUCUUCAGGUAUACUGGGCUGAGGCCAUUCCUAUGGGAAGCCUAAAAGCAAGACGUGAGCACAAUAGGGCUGGGCAAUCUGCUUUUCAACGUCACGAUAUAUCACCAGCUAAACAUCACUAUAUAAUGAUAUAUCGCGAUGUGUGAAAUAAGGAUGGAGCAAUGUAGAGGCACUGGCUGGCUUCAUGGUUUUCCCCACUUUGUGAUUUUUGCAUAGUAUUUUGUUGUUUAGUUGUCUUUGUUGUGUCCGACUCUCUGUGACCCCAUGAACCAGAGCAUGCCUUGGAAACUCUCACUUCUUCUCAAAGCUUCUCCUUUUUUAUGUCCAUGGAGUUUUCUUCGCAAAAUACUGGAGUGGUUUGCCAGUUCCUUCUCCAGUUGCAUAGUAUACACACACACAUAUCACGAUUUGCAAUAUAUUGCCAGGUCAAAAGUUAUGAAACCGCUAUCACGAUAGGGACUUCAAACUAGUUUUGGACAAUAUAUCAAUAUAUUGCCCAGCCCUAGAGCAUGAGAGUUCUCUUCCAACUUUAACUGUCUUGAGGAUUUUAUUUUAUUUUUACAAUCAACUGGUAUAUAAACUUUAUUAAACAAACAAAAAAACUUGAACAGCAACUGGUAUUCAGAGGCACACUGGCUCUGACAGUGAAGAGUAGAGCAUAGUAGUCAUUGCAGCUUGUAGUCUUUUCUCCUCCAUUAAUUUGCCUAAUGCAAGCUGGUUUCAAGAUUCAUAUAGUUCUGACAACCGCAGAAAAAAUAUCUAAUUAAAUUUGUAUACUGCCCUUCAUCCGAAGAUCUUGGGGCAGGUUCACGGCAUAAAAAUACAAAAUGCAUAAUAGAAACAAGAACAAACCAAGCCCAUAAUCCCUGCCUCCCACCAACACAUUUAAAAGGACAUCGAGUGUUAAUCAGCCCAAGGCCUGGUUGAAGAGGAAUGUUUUCACUUCCUCAAAUAGAAGAAGUGCUAUCUUAAGCUGGCAGGGAUAUUUAUACACCCAUAGUUGUGGAAGGCUAAACAUUAUAAGGAAGGGAAAUGAAAUGCAAAAAUGGGGGCUGUGAUAAAUAUGUUCUUAAAUGCAUGCCAAAUUAUCCCUCUAUCCAAUUGUAGCUCACUCAAUAAUGGAACGUUUCCAUAUUAAAGACAUGUGAAACUUUCUUUGGAAUAGCGAGUUCAACCCAGGAUGUGCAUCAGGUGAGUUGAGGUGAGGUCUACAUGGACUUAGAAAAAAAAAUAUAUGCUCGUCCCUUGUGUUGAUAGGGAGCUGGGAAGCCACAUUUGCUUUUGUUUCUUACUUUACAUCUUUAUCUCACCUUUCCUACAAGAAACCCAAGGCCUUGUAUAGCCAUGGUUCUUCCCAAUGAACCACCCAUAUUUUAUUAUCGCAACCACCCUGAGAGGUAGAUUGACCCAGGUUGAUCUGGCGAGCUUUGUGGAUGAGUGCGGGCUUGAACCUAGGCUUUCUCGGUCCUAAUGUGGCACCAGUCACAUGCACACAAUACAUUUGAAGCAGUGCAAGAUGGGGUGAGCUCCCAUUGCUCGGUCCCUGCUCCUGCCAACCUAGCAGUUCAAAAGCACGUCAAAGUGCAAGUAGAUAAAUAGGUACUGCUCCAGCGGGGAGGUAAAUGGCGUUUCCGUGCGCUGCUCUGGUUUGCCAGAAGUGGCUUAGUCAUGCUGGCCACAUGACCCGGAAGCUGUACACCGGCUCCCUCAGCCAAUAAAGUGAGAUGAGCGCCGCAACCCCAGAGUCGGCCACGACUGGACCUAAUGGUCAAGGGUCCCUUUACCUUUACCUUUAACAGUCUUGGCUUCCCCAAAAGCAGUGGUGGAGCUUUAAGCUUUUUUUGGGGGGGGUGAAGAGCAGGCGAGAUCAUGGCUGGCACACGUCCCAGUGGCGUGGCACACUGCCCACAGGGGCAUGGCGCACAUCCCUGUGGCGUGGCACCCUGCGCAGGGGGGACAGCUGCGAUGGCACCCCACUGGGAUCGUGCCGCCGGGGGCGGUGCGCUCCCCCCGCAACCCUGUUCCUCCGCCAGUGCCCAAAAACAUUAUGGGAGUUGUUGUUAAGAGUGAUGACAAUUGUUAGGAGACCACUAUUCCACACACACAGCAGCAAUUCCGGAGUGGUUUAACAAUCGGGUUCUAUUCACAGGGAGUUCUGUGGGGGGAAUAGAGGUUUCCUCACAACUCUUAACAUCUGUAACAAACUACCACUCCCAGAAUUUUUUGGGGGAAGCCAUGACCGUUUAAAGUGGUAUCAUACUGCUUCAAAUGUAUUGUGCGAAUGUGGUCACUCUAACCGUGACACCACACUGGGCCUGAAAGUUAUACUUGUCCUUGCUAAGUGUGGCAAUGCUAUACAGAUAUUAAGUAUUAAUAUUACUAAUUCAAAAGAAAAUAUCAGAAACUGUUUGCCAGUUAAGAAUCUUGGGCAAUCUUGGUAGUCAGAAAUAUAUAUUGGCUAGUGUCUCCCAAAUAUUAUUGUUUCCUGGUGCAUUAGACAUUAAAAAAUUUCCUGAUACAGGGUUGCCUUCAGAUGUCUUCUAAAAGUCAGAUAGUUGUUUAUUUCCUUGACAUCUGAUAGUGCAUUUGGGGUGAGAGUCAUUUAAACACUAAUGUGAGCACCUUAAAUUGUGCCCAGAAACGAACUGGCAACCAACACAAACCAGUGGCCCGAAGACGAACAUUUGGUUGAUGGUUUGAAAUCAAAAUCUCUAGUCAGCGUUCUUAUUGCUGUCAAGGGGCACCAAGCAGGUUACAACGUGUCCUCACAGCCACCCUGUGAAGUAAGGAAGGCAAGGAGAUAGUGAUUUACUCAAGGUUGAGAGAACUUAAGGGCUUGUAUUCACAACAAUGUGUUUCCCCCAUCCAAAUCUUAACAUCCAGUCUCUUCUCCUCAUAGACACACCAAAUGUUAGCGACAUUAUCCUUUUCUCCUUCAAGAGAAUCAGGAUUAACUCUGUGACACACUGCAGUGUUCUCCACAAGGCCCUUGCUGGAAUGAGUGGAAAUGUUUGUUAAUCUAAAAAAAGUACCAAAUGUAAACACAAGUUUAAGGUGCAAUCUGUCUAGUUCAGCUGCUCUGUCACCUCCAUUUGUUUCCUUGUGACUUCUUGUUUGCAAAUCCCAUGCAAGUCCCACAGAAAGUUUGGAGUGGGGAUGUUAAGAAAGUGUGUGUGUGUUAGUGUGUAUGGGAAGCAAUGUUUGGUGUGCAGCGAUUUAAGUGCUAUGUGUGUAAAGCACUAGUUGACAUAUGGAGACUUCAGUUGAUUUAUAAGAGCAAUGAAUUGUUUGCAAACGGAUUGCUUGCACACCCUGCCUUAAAAGAGUUCCUAGACGCAGCAAAUGUGCAUAUGCUGAAUUACCGGUAGAUAAACUGGUGGUUUCUUUGUUUCCUGUUAAAAACAGCUAGCUAGGUCUGAGCCCGCCUAACAACUCUGUGGCCUGAAGAACAAUAUAGGGGGCAUUAUUUGGGUUAAUUUGUAUGGCGGUGGUUGUUUUUUUGGUCAGGAAUCAUUUCCUCCCUCUGUGUAACUGAAGAAAAUUCAGUACGUGCUCUGGUGAUGCACAGAUCUCUCCCAUGGUCAGAUUUGGCUUUAGCAUACAUUUCUAAUUGUGGGCGAGAUUUGUGCGUUAGUACUUGCGCUUGUGUUUUUCCAGAUAUGCAAAAGAGCAGAAGUCGUUCUUGCACCUGCAAAAUCUGGAGAGCGGGCAGGAGAGAGUAGAAUGUGUAUCAAAUAUCUCUUUGCUCUUCAAAAAAAACAGCCAUCACGCCCAUCUCCCCAAUUAUCUUUUGUAGCUGAAAAAUAAGACCUGUGAGGCAGCUGGAAAUUUGUCAUAGGUGACUCGGUGGGGGAGGGGAAGGCAGUCAUGGAGGCACAAGAAUAUGGCCAGGGCGAAAGUUGAAACUGCACAUUUGUGGCCUUGUGUGACGUGACUGCGCCACACAAGUAGACUUUGUUUCUAAGAAAAUGAAUUCCAGUUGUUGGGAAUCACAAAUAUUGCACUUAAGUCGGGCCCUAAAUGCAGGCUUUCCGUAGGCCACUGUGAGAACAGAAUACUGGACUAGAAAGGCCUUUGGCCUGAUCCAGCACAUUUUUCUUAUGUCCUUAAAACAUGUACAGAUGUUCAGUAGGUUGCUGUGUAUCCAUGGUGCAGUUGUGUCAUGUGCUUGGGCAUACCAAAAGAUAAUUUUGUUUCUUGUGCUUCUGUAUAUUUUAACUUCUACUCAUAAACACUUAAGUGAGUCUCACAGCUCUGAAGUAUUGGCCCGUUAGGGGAGGUCAUGAGAUUUCUUUAAAAACAAUUAGUUUCCCUUGUAAUGCACUGCUCAUAGAUUAGUUUUAUCUUCACACAGGUUGAGUAGUCUUAACGCAUACAUGAAUCUUUUAAAGUGUGUAUAAAAAGUGUGGUGUUGUAUAAAAGACCGGCUACUAAACACCAAAUACAGGCAGCAGUCGAUUUGUGUUCUGAGGCACUGUGCACUGGUGCAGUAGAAUUGAAACACCCAUUGAAAAAACCUGCAAACCGCCUGUUCUGUGGUGUAGUGGUUAAGAGCGGUGGACUCGUAAGCUGGUGAACCGGGUUCGAGUCUCCGCUCCUCCACAUGCAGCUGCUGGGUGACCUUGGGCUAGUCACACUUCUCUGAAGUCUCUCAGCCCCACUCACCUCACAGAGUGUUUGUUGUGGGGGAGGAAGUUAGCCGCUUUGAGACUCCUUAGGGUAGUGAUAAAGCGGGAUAUCAAAUCCAAACUCUACAAACUCUACUUUUUGUGACAUUUUCAGGUCACUUCUGGGUUCGGUGUAAUGCGCAUGUGUGCAGUUGCACACAUAUUGGAUGUGCCUAAAAUGGUCAUUGCCUGUAAGCUUUUUGAAAAAUGGACUUUAUAAUAUCUUGGAAUAUCAACUACGUAUUCAGCCAUAUCUUUUACUUUGUGUUACAAAUUGUUUUUUAUUUUUGUUUGUAUUUAUCACCUUACUUUUUCUACGACUCAGAUGUUUCUGCGACUAUGUAUAGAUUUUUUUUUAUUUUUUUAAAGAUAGGAAGCAUGGGUGGUGUGACAAAUAUAACCAAUGUGCACAACUGGGAGGAUAAUUCUGAUCCAUGUAUCCUGAAUAAAGUAGUAAUGAAUACAGGUAUUUGUGAAAAUCCUUUCAUAAGCAUGUAUCAGAUGAAAAUAAAACAGUGUUUGCUGCAGUUCAUCCAUCUUGCUUGUGGAAAAUAAAGUGUGGCAUAUGGCUGCAAUCCUAAACACACUUACUUGGACUCAAGUUCCAUUAAAAUCAGUAGGUCUUACUUCCAAGUACACGUGCACAGAAUUGUGCUGUAAAGCAUGCUACUGGGUUGUAACUAUUUUGAGUUUAAGUGAACUUGAGCAUACCUUAAUUAAAUGUGUAGUGAUUCUAAUCCACUUUAUUUUGUUCACUUACUUAAAAGAUUUAAACUCCAUUUUUCCAUCUAUGGUACCCAAGGUGACUUACAAGCAAAAUAAAAUAAUGCAAGGAGCCAUCUAUAGUCACAGACUCAGGCGGAAUCUGAGAAUCUUUUAGCAGUGCUAACAAGAGAAUAGGAUUGGUGUUUCGGGAUUAAUUUGAUUUUGUGACCUUGAGAGCUUUAAUUCGAAGAAGAUUGUAUUUCAGGUUCCCAGCUGUGCUUGACCUGUACAGUCUUCCAUUCACACCCUAGCUUUCCCCCCAUUUUAUUUUUAUUUUUGGAAAGGAUCAAUCGCUCUUCCUAAUUUCAUCUCUAUACACCACAACCUCAUUGAGUAAGAGAGACUUGAUAAGGGUAGAGGCAUUUGUUUCACCUAUCAGGAUGAGCGGGUGUAGCAAUCCUCAGAGCUCAUUUGUGGCUUUUGAAAAGUGACAUUAUUUAUUUGUUUUAAAAAAAGAGUUGCGUCAAGAUGUCAGAGUCCAGUUCUACCGUGGGGGUUUAAUUCAAGUGACAGCUGGCUUCUGUAUUUGGCAUGAGCUUUCAAUCUGGGAACCAACCGCACCUGUUUUUUUGCCAGGCAAUUGGAUCUUCACAAUAAAUAAAACACAUAGAGGGGAAAAUGAGACACAAGGCCUCCUGCAAGAGUAAAGAGGAGCUUGGUGGAAGUCUGUAUAGAUUAGCAAGACUUUACCGAAUAUGCACUGAUCAUGAUUCAGAAACUUGACGCCAUGCUUCUUCAUACUGAUAUUUCAUCCAAAGCCCCAUGGAUCCGCUGAGAGGCCCAAUCAUCCGGCCUGGAGCUGGUGCAGCAAAAAUAGAUAAAUAAAUCGCACAACAACAUCAACCCUCCCUCCAAUUUUCCACCCUGGCCAGCGUGAGCUGGUGGAGCUUUGGGUGCAGCAGUUGAUCUUCCUCACUGCUCCGCAGCUGGAGUUUUGGAUUAUUCGGCCUCAAAGUAUAGAAAACUGCUUUACACUGAAUCAGACCAUGGGCUCCAUCUAGCUCAGGGAGCAAGUGUUGAGGCUGGAGACAUUCCCUGCCCCUACCUGGAGAUGCUGAGGAUUAAACUGGGGUGGGGGUGGGGGCUUCUACAUGAACCAUCUGCCCUAUCACUGACCUAUAGUCCUUCCCCUUUUGGUAUAUUUGGUUUUGGUGAGUCAUCUUGUGAGUGUUCCACUCUGACCGGCGGAAAAUAAUGAAGAAAUGUGCUCGCUCAGCACUGGGUAGGAGCCAAAGUCUUGCCACCACUUUGGCAUGUCGUGAAAUGGCCAUUGCGGCAGGGAGCAUUGGUUCAUUUGUUGCCUAAGCAUCAUGCGCACUUUCGCUCUCUUCCCCCUCCACCCUGCCAAACAGCAGCAGCAGAAUGUUGGCGAUGAAAUGGCUGCUCUUUGGGCAAAGGCUGGGCCUCAAAAAUAAUUCGGAGCAGCACCAGUCUACUUUAGGCUUUAGAUUGUGACAGAAAUUGUCCACUCGUCAUGUCCCAGAAGCUGUUUUCACUAACUGCUUCUUGGAAGUCUUGCUAAGACAAUGCUCUCAUUCACCCCACACUCUGGACGAGGGCUCAGCAAUUGGUUUCAUUUUUUAAAACCAUGGUAAUCUCUAGUUCUCUCCGAAUUUUCACUUAAUCUUUCCUGUAAAGUUUUACAUGCUUAAGAUUCUUCAACAUUGCUGGUGAGUAACUCAUAUUUGAAAUCCCGAGUUUAAUACUGGGAUCAAAUAAAGGGACAGCCCCCCACAGUCCCCCCCCCCAUUUCCUCUGAGAAAGGAGAAAAGUGUACAGAGAAAAGUGUGAUUUUGAGCAAUAAAAGGAGAAGGUGCUUAAUUCUUUCCCAGCCAACUGAUUUCCCUUUCACAAUUCCUGCUAAGCUGCUUUCCCUCCCGUGCCAUUCCAGAUGCAUGUUUUACAUAAGAGCAGAUAACCCAAAGAAGAGCCUUGCUAGAUCAAGCCUAGCAUCCUGUUUCCGGCAGUGGCCAAUUAGAUGCUUCUGGUGAGCUCGCAAGCAGGAUAUGAGGGCAACCGCCUUUACCCUGCAGAUGUGGCAGUUGCAGUUAAAUGCAGAGCUGCAGGAUAGAACCAGCUAUGUAGAUCAGCUCUUUGAGAAACGAUGCUCCUGAAAAUCCUUUCUCAGAAAUACUUGAAAGCAGAGCAAUUUCACUCACCUCUCCAUGUAUUCAGGCCAAAAAUUGCAUGCAGUGUUGGGGGUGAAUGGUCGCGGGCCAGUUGGCUUUAAUACUACAAGUCAUGGCUGGGUUUAUCCUUGCUCUGAAGCUCUGCACAAAAAGAAUGUUACAGUGGUACCUUGGCUCUUGAACUUAAUCCAUUCCGGGAGUCUGUUCGACUCCCAAAACCAUUUGAAAACCAAGGUGCGGCUUCCGAUUGGCUGCAGGAGCUUCCUGCACUCAAGCAAAAGCCCUGUUGGAUGUUUGGCUUCCGAAAAAUGUUCGCAAACCGGAACACUGAGUUCUGGGUUAGCGGCGUUCGGGAGCCGAUUUGUUCGGCAACUAAGCCGUUCGAGAACCAAGGUACCACUGUACUCUUAAACUGAGUAAAGGAUCUAAAAUAUGGAGAUCUUCCACCUUCAUUAUAAAUUUUAGAAACGCCGGAGAUUUGAAAUAGUUCGUUGGAUUUUCUACUUCAGUUCUUGCCAGACAUCACCUUGGUUCAGAUGUCAUUCAUUUAUGUAUGUAUGCCAUUUAUUUAUGUAAGCCACUCUCUGUGUGGCUUACACAAAUCAGUGCUGAGAUGGUCCCUGCCCUCAGGUUCACGAUCUAAAAAGAUAUAACACAGCAAAAAAGAAAUGGGAGGGAGGAAAGUUCAUGAGUAAGCCAUGCUUUGAACAUUGAGGUCUAGGGCCUCUCCAAUUGUCUCCUGCUCUUCCUGGUUCACAAUAAAUGUAGUUUGCUGUGAAGUCCAAAUCAGGCAAAAGGCCAUUACCACUAACUGUAGCUCCCCUCUUAAUCGAAAAUAGAAACCAUGGUUUGGAAUGGGUUUUCAGUUGUGGUUUGGAGGCAAACUAUGGUUUGUGGCAGCAAUAGUUUGCUUGAUUCAGACAUUGUGGUAAACUAGAUUACCAUGGAAUUGUGGGGUGGGGGUGGAAAUCAGAGUGCAUGAGGAGAAGAGGAAAGGUAACGAUGGCGCAUGUAGGGCAUGAGACAUGAUCCUGAUAGUUUGACCAUGACAUCUAAACAAGGUUACUGUCCUGUGUUUGAUGCCUUGACAGUUUUAAAGCUGCCUGUAAUUUUAUUUAAGACAGGCAGGGUAUUACACUGUGGUGACAAAGUGGAAGUAUAUAAUCCUUACUGGAAUGCAAUUCAAUUAUAACGGCUAAGUUAAGUAGCUUUAGGUUAUUAUACAUUGGUUCUGUCAUCUUCAUUUGGGUAAGGAGUUGGCAGAGGCAGCACUGAGAUCAGAGAUCAGUGUACAGAAUAUCAAUGCACAUCUUAUUUUAUUAACAUAUAAAUCAACCUCAUAUAUCCUGAUAAAACUUAAAGCGAUGUUCUCAUCGUAUGAAAAGUGGCUCCGAGGGGGGAAAGUGUGUCUAGAAACUGCACUGCGACGUGCCUAGACGGAGGACUGACUUAUAGAAGGUGUGCUACCAGUUUGAUGGCUGCAGGUAUCCUGGCCAUUGUAGCAAAGACCAUAAAUCGUCAAGUGGAGAUAAGCAUUUCCACCUGUUAAGGGAUCUGUGACUGGCUAUUGCAUGUCCAUAAUUACAGACUUACAUCUUUUUUAUGCUGUGGUCUUUGAAAACCAGAAUCCACCUUUAGCCUAAGAGUGCAUUUGUGGACCCCCAUCUUUACUUAUUGCACUGCUGUUCUGUCUUAGAUCAGGCUGUGACGCAGGGGGGUAGUCACGACCCACCUGCAGAAGCCCAGUGUACAAUGUUGUACAGCAGGGAUGGGAAACCUCAGGUCCACGGGCUCAAUUGCUGCUCUCCAAGCUUCACCCCUCACUGGUCUUGCUUCACAGUCUCCUUCAAUGCUUUUGGGAGUGGCCACCGAGACCAUAUAACACCUGUUCUGAAAGAUAAAGGUAAAGGGACCCCUGAUCAUUAGGUCCAGUCAUGACCGACUCUGGGGUUGCGGCGCUCAUCUCGCUCUAUAGGCCAUGGGAGCUGGUGUUUGUCCACAGACAGCUUCCGGGUCAUGUGGCCAGCAUGACUAAGCCGCUUCUGGAGAACCAGAGCAGCGCACGGAAACACCGUUUACCUUUUCGCCCGAGCGGUACCUAUUUAUCUACUUGCACUUUGAUGUGCUUUCUAACUGCUAGGUUGGCAGGAGCUGGGACCGAGGAACGGGAGCUCACCCCGUUGCGGGGAUUCGAACCACCAACCUUCUGAUCAGCAAGUCCUAGGCUCUGUGGUUUAACCCACAGCGCCACCCGCGUCCCCUUUCUGAAAGAUAGCAGAACAGUAAAAACAGAGAGUUGGGUCAAUCAAAGUGUUUACUGAAUCAAGGUCAAAGUUGUGUGUGCAGGCGAAUCUAGAUUCCUAAAAUGAAGACCUCCAGAUUCUAGAUUACAUUCUGCAAUUGCAAUGCACAAGGAUGCGUUUCAGUCCAGUUAUGAAACCUGAAGGACAAACGAAGCAUUACUUCGUGGAAUUAUGUGCAAGUAAGGCUGCAAGCUUUGGUCGACUUACUUGGAAGCAAUAUCCGCUGAAUACAGUGAGACUUGUCUCUAAAUAGAAGAUAGCCCUUCAAAGCCCCAGGGGAAAGAGUGCAGAGUGGAGACUGUGCUAAAAAAAAACACACCCCUUGAUUCUGUGCAUAUUUGAUAGGUUCCAAAAUGCAUCCCUCUGUUAUAAUGUACUCCCCCCGCUGGGCCUGACCAAUAAUACAUUUCUUUUCAAUUGGGCUGAGCGCUAAAGGAGCACUGGUUCCUAAUUCAGUAGUCUCUCUUGGAACUAUUAAAAAUAGCUAAAUCCAAGAAUGGGUGCGUACAAGAGAUAGUAAAGAGAGAGGCCAGGGAAAAUGAAAAACCAGCUGUUCUGUUCUUCCUUUUCAGACUAGGCUGAUGUAGACACGAAGAGACAGAUGGGCAGACCUUUGCCAUGCAGCCAGAGACAGGCAACACAAUCCUGUCUCUUCCUUAAAUGUAAACCUUUUGUCUUCAGUGAAGUUGUUAAUGAAUGAAUCAUUCCUUUGUAUAAAAGGGUCAUCAUUUCUUUAAAACACAAAACAAUAGCCAGAGCUAGCUAGCCUAAUAAGGAAAGCAUCUGAACUGAGAAUUUGAAAUUUAAUGGGAUUAGCUAAAAUUUAACUAGUUGUGAUGAAACUUUUCUGGAAAGGUUAGUUAAUCAACCCACAGUCAGUGAUGGUGUUUCUCUUUAGCAACCCUGCCUGGCCACCCUCAUUCCUCUUUUUCUAUGCCUUUUUGUUCUCUGAAAGAUAGAAAUGUUGUAUUAGCUGUCAGCUGCCAGCUCCAGGGCAAUCUUGCCCUUGUGUUGUUGCUGUUAAAAAGUUAUUCCCCUCUUUCCCGCUCCACAAAGGAGUAGGUCAGAGCAGCAUAUAAAAAGCAGACUUUUAAGAACGAUCUAACCUUGAAAACGUAGGUCAGCUUCAAUAACAGCAGCAAAAAGCAAAAAAACUCAGAAAGAGCAGCAUUAACAAGCACCCUACUCUUUCAAACACUUCUUUUAUUUGUUUUGCUUUUAUUUGUUUUGUGCUUGGAAAACCAUCAUAGUAAUGGAUGGGCAAAUUGACUUUGGGGAGAACCACCACCAAGAAGUCUCUGUCUCCGUUAGCCAGCCACCUUGCCUUGGAAAGGGGUAGGGAGAGGAAGAAAGUACUAAAAGUUGGACCCUGGUGGGAAUUUUUAACAACCAGGCAGGUUCAUAUAGAGACCAUUUAAUGCUUUGUGGGUCACAACCAACAUACUGAAUUGUGCCAGAAAACAAACUGAUAGCCAGCAAUGCUGUUUUACUAUCAUAUAUUGUUGCUUUGCUGUCUCAUUUCAAUAUGGCGUUGACAACUUAUUUCAGCAUCCUCUGUCACUUAAAAAUGUGAGUGGAUACCAAAGUUUCCAUUGAAAUAGGUGUAGAAAAACCAGCUGUCCUAGCAAUUCUAAGUGGAGGUAGAAUUCUUGUGGACUAUUGCUUGUUAUGACGGGACGCAGGUGGCGCUGUGGGUUAAACCACAGAGCCUAGGACUUGCCAAUCAGAAGGUCAGUGGUUCAAAUCCCCACAACGGGGUGAGCUCCCGUUGCUCAGUCCCUGCUCCUGCCAACCUAGCAGUUCGAAAGCGCGUCAAAGUGCAAGUAGAUAAAUAGGUACCGCUCCAGCGGGAAGGUAAACGGCGUUUCCGUGCGCUGCUCUGGUUCGCCAGAAGCAGCUUAGUCGUGCUGGCCACAUGACCUGGAAGCUGUAUGCUGGCUCCCUCAGCCAGUAAAGUGAGAUGAGCGCCGCAACCCCAGAGUCGGUCACGACUGGACCUAAUGGUCAGGGGUCCCUUUACCUUUACCUAUUGCUUGUUAUAGUUUUGGGACCAUUCACUCAACUGAACAGCACUAAUUUUUUCCCCAUAUAAUCAUAGACUCCAGAGAAAUCAAGAGUGUGACUAAAUAUCUAUGUACGUAUGUAUGUAUGUAUGUAUGUACUUAAAAGCAGUUAUAUAAUUUUUAAAAUUUCAAAAAAAAUCUCUUACGUGAUUGUAUAACUAGGGAGAGCUGCAACAAGGCUGCUUCAUAAAUGUUAACAUAAUCAACUUCUUUUUAUCAUUUCUCGUAUGUCUAAUAACAGAACAGAGUGCUUUCUAGAUCCAGCUCCAUCCUGUCAGGGUCCCCCAUCGCAACAAAAAUAAAACAGGACAUUGUCCGCUUCACUUUCUCAGUUCUUUGGCAACCUAAUAUAAACUAACAUUCUGUAAAGCCACAAAGUGUGGCAAUUUCCACUAUUCCUUUUUCUUUCUUGUUAAAAAUCUAGCCAGAGAGGAUUUACCAGGCAGUCCCAUUAUAACUGGGAAAAGAACUAGUAAAACCAAAGUGAGAUGGAAGCAGAAUAAAAAUGAGGUAAAAAUAAAAGAGGUCUUCUCACAGCGAGGGAGGAGAGCCAUACCGAAAGCACAAAAGUAUCAAAUGAAUGGUUUGGCGCCGAAUAUUUCACUCUGAAAGACAGUUCCAGCUCAGGCCUUGCUAUUGAUUUCAGUGGGAAUUUAGCUACCAGCCUUUGGUUUGGGUGUAGAAAGCCCUACACAGUUUGGAACCAGAAUACCUGAAAGAUAGGCACCUCACCCUUUAUAUGCCCUAUUGAUCACUGUGUUCUGUGUUCCUACCAAUACUGCCUUAACUAGGAGGUCCAUUGUGCACAAUGUAGGAAAUGGGGAUGGUCAAAAUGUAAACGAAGGGGACAUUGGUCAGGUGAAAAGGGAAUGUGGAAGAAGGGAGGGUGGCAAGCAGGAGUGGCAGCCCUUAGUCUUAUAUAUUUGUGUUUCUCUUAACAUAUAGGUCUUCUUAGAGACUAUCCUUAAAGACAGCAUAUCCCAACUCUGGACUGCUGUUGCGAAUUGGAACGAACCUUUUAUGAGUUCCGUAUCUGUGUAUACCUGGUCGGGGUUUUGUGUCUCACGGUCUUUCCAAUGAAUAGUCCAAUAAAUAGUCAUUGAAAGUUGUUGUCGAAAAUGAACCUGUUGCCUUUGGGUUUCAUAAGGUGGUGUAGCAAUGGAGAUUUUAACGCUUGCAAAAAUAAAAGCUGUGGGUUUUCUCAAUUCUCUUUCCGCCCUGCCACCCAGACAGGUUUUCCGUUGACCAACGGUGGUGGUCCAGAGAAGUUUAAGUCUACUUAGGUUAAGCCAGCGACGAGGUGGAGCUCGAUAAAAUUUUUGAAUUGUCCUGAGAAUGUUCCUCAAGACAAACCCAAGUCAGUUAGACACACACACUGUGUGUGGGUGGGUUGAAGUUCAAAAGGAAAUGCAUAUUUGCUUAGGGAACACCCAGUCCUGUCAGCCAACAGCUACUAGCGUGCUUAUCAGCGGCAUGUGAUAAAUUUCACCUUGAUUCCUCUUUUAUUGCCCUUUAAAUAUACGCGCUAUAAAAGAAACUUGUAGGCAUAUUUCAUUUCCUCCCUUUCUUAAAAAGUAAAAGGAAAAUAUAUUUGUAUGCACGUAUUACACACACACACACACGCUUAUACAGUGGUACCUCAGGUUACAUACGCUUCAGGUUACAGCCUCCGCUAACCCAGAAAUAGUACCUCGGGUUAAGAACUUUGCUUCAGGAUGAGAACAGAAAUCGGGCUCCAGUGGCGCAGCGGCUGUAGGAGGCCCCAUUACCUAAAGUGGUGCUUCAGGUUAAGAACAGUUUCAGGUUAAGAAUGGACCUCCAGAACGAAUUAAGUAUUUAACCCGAGGUACCACUGUACACAUAUAUAUUUAAUAACUUUGGUUUCUUCUACAUUUGACUUCUUUCGGUCUGAUCCUGUGCUUUCUGUCUUACAAGUAAAUGCCACUGAGUUCAGUAGAACUUGAAGGUAGAGCAGUUCCAGGGAAUCUUUUUUGGAGAAGAAGUUUUUACUUUCUUUCCAAGGAGCUGAAGAGGAAGAUGAUUCAAUGGUUAUUCAUAAUAAUACAGGUUGUGAAAAGUCUAGUGAAAUGGAUUGACAGGCGGUACAGGACAAACGAAAGGAAGCACUUCAGACAGUGUUGAUUAAUUUAUUGAAUUCACGGCCAUAAAAUAUGGGCAUGACCUCUGGCUUUUAAUGACUUUUAAAGAAAGGGAUUAGAUUAGACAUUUCCAUGGAGGACGGGUCUUUCAGAGACUGCAAGUCAGGGCAGCUGAAUGAAACAGGCCUGUCCAGAGAGAGAAUAUGCAGAGACAAACACCCAGUAAUGACAUUACCAAGGGUAGUUGGGAGGCCACCUUGGAUAUACAUUUGACCCUGAUUGUCUACAUAUUUCUCCCCCCACUGACCCUUCAUAGCAGAAGUGGUGAGUCCUGCUUCAAAACUGGGACCGUUUCUAGCAAGUAAAUGUGUGGUGCUGCCAUAUUCAGGAUUGGGCUCGUUGUUGACAUCCAUCUUGUCUCAAAAGACAAUGGAGUGCGCCUCUGGGGUUGAAGUCCAAUGGCUGCAUUAGCAGCACUGAAGGGACCUCCCUGUGGCACAAGCCUGGGGCUCCGUACAGUGGUACUUCAGGUUACAUACGCUUCAGGUUACAUACACUUCAGGUUACAGACUCCGCUAACCCAGAAAUAGUGCUUCAGGUUAAGAACUUUGCUUCAGGAUGAGAACAGAAAUUGCGCUCCGGCGGCGCGGCAGCAGCAGGAGGCCCCAUUAGCUAAAGUGGUGCUUCAGGUUAAGAACAGUUUCAGGUUUAGAACGGACCUCCGGAACGAAUUAAGGACUUAACCCGAGGUACCACUGUAUAUGGAAGUCCAGGGCUUCCCAGAUGACAAGACUCCUCCCUGGUGUGGUGUAGUGGUUAAGAGCGGUGGACUCGUAAUCUGGGGAACCAGGUUCGCUUCCCUGCUCCUUCACAUGCAGCUGCUGGGUGACCUUGGGCCAGUCACACUUCUCUGAAGUCUCUCAGCCCCACUCACCUCACAGAGUGUUUGUUGUGGGGGAGGAAGGGAAAGGAGAAUGUUAGCCGCUUUGAGACUCCUUAGGGUGGUGAUAAAGCGGGAUAUCAAAUCCAAACUCUUCUUCUUCCUCCCCUCUCGGCCUCGCCAAUGUGAUCCAAAGGAAAGCAAAGCAAUACGUUUGGCACCUGCUUGAUGGCACGUUUUGCCGAAAGGAGGCGUACAAGGCAUCAUCCAGCCGUCUUAUGGACGCCCCUCCAGAUUUGUGUAGGGCAGUGGUGUCCAAACUUUUUUCAAAGAGGGCCAGAUUUGAUGAAGGGAAGGGCCAUGAGGGCGUACCAAUCCAUGUUGUUGACCUUUUUUUAGGAUUUUACCCCAAGAAAUAAACUGCCACAGGAGCCGGAUUAAACCAACCGGCGGGCUGGAUUAGGCCCCCAAAACGGACUUUGGACAUGCCUGGGGUAGAGUGAUGGGGUCUGGCUUUGGGUGGGGGUCAAAAGCAGCCUUCAAGGCAUCUCUUUCUGCCCUUUAGGACUCUCACCAGUCCACACUUAUCUUAGUCCUUUUUCUAUUCAAAACCUCAUUCCAAAUAAAAAAAUCCAUUGGAGAUAGAAAAUUAGCUCACCAGGGCUCACUAGGCCUGCUCUGCUGGCUUUUUAUUUGGAGAGAGUUGGAGGAGCAUUUAAAUAGCAACGGGCGUAGUUACCUGCUGUCUGAAGUGGUAUGAUCCAUACUGCUAUCAUACCAUUACUCUUACCACCUUGUUCUGCUGAACUUGUAGAUAAGACCCAAGUUCAGUUUUAGGACAAUAUGUUAUUUGUGGGAAACAGCCGGUGCCAUCCAAAGUAGACAGAAGCGGAAUUGUAAAACAAAUAAAUAUAAAAUGUAUGCAUACAGUUGUACCUUGGAAGUCGAACGGAAUCCAUUCUGGAAGUCCGUUUGACUUCCAAAAUGUUCAGAAACCAAAGCGCGGCUUCUGAUUGGCUGAAGGAAGCUCCUGCAGCCAAUCAGAAACUGCGGAAGCCCCGUCGGAUGGUCAGCUUCCAAAAAUAGUUCACAAACUGGAACAGUCACUUCCAGGUUUGCGGCAUUCGGGAGCCAAAACAUUCGAGAACUAAGCUGUUCAAAAAACAAGGUACGAUUGUAUCUAUUGCAUUUUAUUUUCUUCUGCAAAUUUUUGGAAGUUCAGCUUUCCUCCACCUCGGUUUUGGCAUUUCCUUUUGCGAAAUUCCCCCACUGUCCAUUCCUCAGACGGAGUUCUGUUUGUCUCUCAACAGGUUGCUGGUUGGUGCCCCUCGGGAAAGAGGUUUCCCGUCACAGCUAGCCAAUAGAACUGGAGGGUUGUAUAGCUGUGACAUCGCAACUCCAAAUGCAAAAUGCACACGGAUAAAAUUCGAUGAGAAAGGUGAGCUCAGCAGUAUCUAGGCUUCGUUCUGUUCUGUUUUACGCAAGGUUCAAACGCUCAUUUUUUAAAAAAUAAUAAUAAACCAUUUGGGAGGGGUGGAAUCUUAUUUGUUGCUUUAAUUUAUGCUCUGGGAAGUUAUUUGACAACAGUGCCAUGGUGCCUCUGACUAAGACAUGGGCACAGAACCCAUAUUUACCUAAAUCAGCCUGGUAUGCUGUUGGGCGACUCUCAUUCAUUUCUAGGAAGGUUACGUCAAAGUACUUUCUGAUGCUUAUGUCCUUUUUAAUAAAGCAAGUUUUUAUUAAAGCUUUUUCGUAAUACAAGAAGAUAAAUAACACAACAAAUGUUGGUGCUGACCUUUAAAGUCCUAAACGGCCUCGGCCCAAUAUAAGGAGCAUCUCCACCCCCAUCGUUCAGCCCACACACUGAGGCCCAGCUCCGAGGGCCUUCUGGCGGUUUUCUCCCUGCGAGAUGCGAGGUUACAGGGAACCAGGCAGAGGCCCUCCCAUCAGAUGUCAAGGAAAUAAACAACUAUCUGACUUUUAGAAGACAUCUGAAGGCAGCCCUGUUUAGGAAAGUUUUUAAUGUCUGAGGUUUUAUUGUAUUUUUAAUAUUCUGUUGGGAGCUGCCCAGAGUGGCUGGGGAAAUUAUUAUUAUUAUUAUUAUUAUUAUUAUUAUUAUUUCUGUUGGGAGUCACCCAGAGUGGCUGGGGAAACCCAGCCAGAUGGGUGGGGUAUAAAUAAAUUAUUAUUAUUAUUAUUAUUAUUAUAAUACUAAAGAAAAACAUACAAAGGGAAAGAAAAAGAAAAACUCCCUCUCUCAAAAGGUAGCUCUUAACCUUUGUCUCACCCAGAAAGUGGUGGACACUCCCAGCUUUCACUUGGAAGCGUUCCUUUUUCUUCCAGUCUCUCAUCCUGGGAGGGCUUCCCUUCCCCUCACUGCCAUUACGUUUGGAUUUCCCCAGACAUUACUGGGAUUUCAAAGGCCGAAUUGACAUGGGGGUGUGUGUGUGUGGAAACGCAACUUUCCGGUUUCUGGGGGGGGGGAAGCUUAACAAUUUUUGGGUCUUUCUUGGGGAAAAAAAGCUCAAUUAAGGCACUAGAGGAGUCACAGCUUCAUUAUAUAGCUCUGCAAAUCACUUAAUCCUCUCAAAAUUGAAUAUAAUAUUAAUAUUCCCAGACCGAAAUGUCCGUAGUGAUGCUCAUUUGAACCGUCCUGUGUGAAUAUUGUAGGCAAACACUGCCAUCUAAAGACAGUUUCAGGUACUGAAUGAAUAUAUGGUUCAAUCGUAUGCAUGCUUACUCGGAAGUAAACCCCACUGAGUCCAAUGAGACUUUCCUCCGGGUAAAUUGUGUAUAGAAUUGUAGCCUUACCUGUCAGCGGAGUCGUAGUUGAAAUAAUAUGUUUGUAAGUCACUAGAGAAAUGUUAUUUUAGAAGUUGGGUGUUUUUUUUAAAAAAGCAAAAUCACCUUGUGAUAAUUUUUCAGCUGAUCUGAGUAAAGAAAGCAAGGAAGACCAAUGGAUGGGUGUUACUGUCCAGAGUCAAGGGCCUGGGGGAAAAGUCGUGGUAAGUUCUCCAUGAAUCACUAUUCGGCAAACAUUUUGUUAAUGGUAUUUCUCACUACAUUUUUUUUAAAUUAUUCAAAAUUAUAACAAGACAUAUUAUCCAAAAACAUAUUAUCCUUGUUUCCCCCCCCCAUUUUUCCGCCCACCCCCCACCCACACCACCCCCCCCCCCCCGGCUUCCCUCAGUUCCAGUCUUUGGUUUCUCUAGGAAUGCUGUUUUCUGCAUGUUACAAAGUUGUAUAGAUCCUCAAACUAUUUAGCUGAUUAUUAUCAAUAAAAGGUUUGUGAAUGUUUAUUCAAAACCUGCCAAGGAGUCCAGUUCGCUUUGUUGCGUCUUCAGAUACUUUGUAAAGGGUUCCCAUUCAUCCUUAAAGUCACAGUUAUCCUUGUCCCGUAGCUUAUAUGUCAGUUUUGCCAGUUCUGCAUAGUCCGUCAAUUUUUCUUGCCAUGAUUCUUUAGUUGGCGUUUCUUCAGUCUUCCAUCCUUGUGCUACCAAAACUCUCGCGGCCGUUGUCGCAUACAUGAAGAUGUUUUUCAACUUUUUUGGCAGGUCUUUCCCUACAAUCCCCAACAAAAAUGUUUUUAACAAAGGUUAAAUGGAACAUUUUCUUCAAUUCGUUGUAAAUCAUUUCCCAGAAUUUUUUAAUUACCUUACAAUCCCACCACAUAUGAUAAAAUGUCCCCUCCUUUUCCUUACACUUCCAACAUAUAUUUGAACUAGUUUUGUACAUUUUCCCUAACUGCACUGGUGUUGUGUACCAUCUGUACAUCAUCUUCAUGUAAUUCUCCUUCAAUAGGGAACAGUCUGUAAAUUUUAAGUCAGUUUUCCAUAAUUUAACCCAAUCUUCCAUCAUAAUGUUGUGCCCUACAUCUUCUGCCCAUUUAAUCAUAACUGAUUUUACCUCUUCAUCUUUCGUCUCCCAUUCUAAUAGUAUGCUGUAUGCGGCCUUCAGUAGUUUCACUUUCCCUUCAAUCACUUCCGUUUGAAACCUAGAUCUAGUAUAACUAAAUCCUUUCUUGCUGUCUUCUUUAUGUGUUUCAUAUAGUUGUCGAUAAUGCAACCAACUUUGAAAGAACAUUUUUAUUUAUUUUUAAUUGAAAAAUACUAGGAAUCGACCUGAGAAAUAAUUUCCUCUAUUGGAAAACAAAACCCCAAGGUGGCUGUCACCGAUGGAAGCGAAAGCUCUGAAAAAGCUCAAUAUGGAGGUCAAAUGGCCAAAAUAUUGGGAAAUUUUGGAACAAGAUGGAGAUAGACUGAAACUGCAGAGUUGUGAGACAUUAAAAACAAAGUGUGAGACUGGCUUCAUUAUUAUCAGAUAAUGGAGGCAUAUAAUUUGGACAAGAAAAUUGGCUUCCAGGUGGAAAAAUCAAAAUUAGAAACAGAACUGCUAGAACCCAAAACUAAGAAUCUGUCAAAGAUGUAUAACUUGCUGUUGAAAUGGAAUACACAGGAUGAAACGGUGAAAUCAGCUAUGAUUAAAUGGGCACAAGAUGUUGGACAUAACAUAAUGAUGGCUGACUGGGAACAGUUAUGGACCACAGGUAUGAAGUUUACGGCAUGUAAUGCCUUAAGAGAGAAUAUUAUGAAAAUGAUAUACAGGUGGUACAUGACACCAGUCAAGCUUGCAAAAAUCUAUCAUUUGCCCGAUAAUAAAUGUUGGAAAUGUAAGGAAACUGAAGGUACAUUCUUUCACCUUUGGUGGACGUGCCCAAGGAUUAAGGCUUUCUGGGAGAUGAUCUAUAAUGAAAUGAAAAAGGUAUUUAAAUAUACCUUCCUGAAGAAACUAGAGGCCUUUCUCCUGGGCAUAGUCGGCCAAUUGGUGCCAAAGAAGGACAGAACUUUCUUUAUGUAUGCCACAACAGCAGCAAGAAUACUUAUUGCAAAGUAUUGGAAGACACAAGACCUACCCACUCUGGAAGAAUGGCAGAUGAAGGUGAUGGACUACAUGGAAUUGGCCGAAAUGACUGGCAGAAUCCGAGACCAGGGAGAAGAGUCGGUGGAAGAAGACUGGAAGAAAUUUAAAGACUAUCUACAGAAAUAUUGUAAAAUUAAUGAAUGUUAGAAUGAUGUUAGAAUGAAGUUAAGUGGUUUAAGCAGCAAUGCUAUAAAGGCAUAUGUAAAAAUGGACAGUUAACAGGUGAAAAUCCAAAGUUAUAGUAUAUUAAGUUAAAGGACUAAGAGAAAAUAAAGAAAAGAAAUUGCUGAAUUAACUAAUUGAAUUGGAAUACAAAAAAGGGAGGUAUGAGGAGGUCAGGGAAGUAAGGAAAUGAAUGUAAGGCAUGGAAGACUGAUGUAUUUUUAAGUGUUUUUUAUUCUUUUUUUCCCUGUAUUUUGUAUUUUUCUUGUAUUUCUACUUUUGUCUUUUUUUCUUCUCCUUUUCUUUACUUAUGUAAUUCUUCUUUUUGAAAUCUUAAUAAAUAUCAUUUUUUUAAAAAAAGAGAAAUAAUUUCCUCUAUUUCCAGUUUUUGGACCAUGAAUGCCAUUGGUUACGAGGUCAAGAAUGGCUACUAUUAUAUUACUAUCGGCCACCAUUAUGUAGCCAGAGCAGGCUUGAAGGAAACCUGGAAGCUACAGAAGCACAAAAAUAUUUAGUGUGGGGGUCCUAGCGGGGAGGAACCCACGAAACAGCCCAAUGGGGAGUAAGCGUGCUGAGUGGUCAUGGAAUGGCAACUGAAUGUUGUGGGGUGGAAAUGGAGUGGUUGGAAAUCGGAACAACAGCUCUCCACACCGCAACAUUUUAUUACAGGUUUCACUUGCAUCCUAUGUAUACUUCUCUUGAUUAUUAGUCACAGUGGUCUUCAGGUACCAUCGCAACAUUCAUAUUCUAAGGAAAAGAGAACGCAUGCACAGAACCUUUAAAAAGGUUCUUUUGCUAGUGCAGAAUUCAGCAGCCAGGUUUGAACAUAUUACACCGAUCCUGGUCCAACUGCACCGGCUACCAGUUAGUUUCUGGGCCCAACUCAGAGUGCUGGUUUUGACCUAUAAAGCCUUAAACAGCUCAGGACCGCAAUUCCUCAAGGACUGCCUCUUUCCAUAUGAACCUACCCGGACCCUGAGAUCAUCUUCUGAGCCCCUCCUUCGUAUGCCCCCUCCUCCAGAGGUCCGGAGGGUGGCAACACAAGAACAGGCCUUCUCUGCAGUGGCUCCCCGUCUGUGGAAUGCUCCCCCCAGGGAAGUUCGCCUGGCGCCUUCAUUAUACAUACACCUUUAGGCACCAGGCAAAAACGUUCCUUUUUAAGCAGGCCUUGGGUUGAUUUGAUUUACAUCCCUUGCCCUUUUAAAAUGUGUUGUUUUUUGAGGGGGGGCUGUUGAGUUGUUUUUAUUUUUAUUAUGUAUUUUGUGGUUUUAUAUCUUGAUUUUAUCCUGUGAACCGCCCUGAGACCCCCAGGUAUAGGGCGGUAUAAUAAUAAUAAUAAUAAUAAUAAUCAUAAUAAUCAUAAUGCCAUCAAACUGGUGAAUGCUUCACUGAUACCUUCCCGUAACUGUCCUAAUGAAAAAAUACUGUGAGGCAAAAUAAAAACGCAUACUUCCAGAUGAUUUAAAAGUCAUCUGUCCUUUGGUAUGGCAGCAUGUUGGCUAUUCAACGCAGAAGCAUUCCAUAUCAGUGAACUUGAUGUCAGCCAGUCUAGGAUUGUACCCUCUUAAUUCCUCAGCCCUGCCAAACUCCAUAUAGUUGCCCUGUUGAAAUGCCAGUGGCCCCUUUUCGUUUCUCUUGCGGAUAAGGCAGCUCAGCUUUGCUUAUUGCCUACGGUGUUCUUAAUGCCUUGCAGACUUGUGCCCAUCGCUAUGAGAAAAGGCAGUACGUCAACACGAUCCAGGAAACUCGAGAUAUCAUUGGAAAGUGCUACGUGCUGAAUCAGGACCUCUCCAGCAGCGAGGAAAUGGGUGGCGAGGAUUGGAGCUUUUGCGAUGGCCGGUUGCGAGGCCACGAGAAGUUUGGCUCCUGCCAGCAAGGCGUAGCUGCCACUUUUACCAGAGAUUUUCAUUAUGUUGUGUUCGGGGCACCGGGUGCUUAUAACUGGAAAGGUAUGGCUUGGAUUUUUCUUCAAAUAUCACUCCUGCGGGGUAGCUUAGUCAGUAGAGGAUGAGACGCUGAAUCUCAGGGUUGUGGAUUCGAGCCCCACGUUGGGCAAAAAGGGGAUGGAUUAGAUGAUCCUCGUGAUUUCUUCCAGUGCUACGAUUCUGUUAUUUCUGUUGUCUGUCUGUCUGCUGUUUCAGUAUCGACAACUUUGUUAUUUGUAGAUUCUUGAUCUGUAUACCCCCCCACCUACAUUGAUGCUCUUUCCCCCAAAAUCAAAACGUUAGGUGUACAGUGGUACCUUGGUACUCAAAUGGCUUGGCUCCUGAAAAAAUCAGCUCCCAAACACAGCAAACCCAGAAGUGAUAUCUGGAAGUUUGUGAACUUUUUUUGGAAUCCAAACGUCGGCUCCCUCUACCUGAAAAGCAAGAUGAGUGUCGCAACCCCAUAGUCGCCUUUGACUGAACUUAACCGUCCAUGGGUCCUUUAUCUUUACCUUUACCUUUUAUAGGACGGCCAUACUCACUACAGGCAUGUGGCCCUCAAAGGGUUGACCAAGGGUAAAUGUGGCCUCCGGAACAAGAAAGGGUUAGUUGCCACAGCCUAGAUCACUGUUAAUUUUUUUGUAGCCAAGUGAAAAUGCACUCAGUUGGGGGGAAAGUGUUUGAAAAAUAAAACGACAGUAAUAGUAGUAGUAGUAGUAAAUAAAUAAAUCCUGUUGAAUUUUGUGGCCUCCAAAUUAAAUAAAAGCCGAUGGAUUGGUUUGUGCUUACUUAGGCUAAAAAGCUUUGAAAUACCACCUUUCUUUUUUAAAACAACAAGGUUGUUGUUGUGGCCUUCUAUUCUCCUCUGACCUUUCUCCUUUGCAAAAAUAGCAGCGUGCCCCUGUGCCCGGCACGUGAACCAUGCAAAACCCUUGACCCUUGGUGUAAGGUGUACUUGAGUUUACCCUUCCAAAUUCUGAAAACUGGACCACCCUGGUGCGGUGCGUCAAAUAAAGAGCCAUUGCUUUAGUUGAAUUGCAGGUACUUAUUGCCGCUGCGCUUAGUUUGAAGAGUGCUCUUUUACAGCCCGGAGGAAAAACACACACGUUUGUUUAGUUGAGAGUGUAUUGUAUACCUGUCAAAACCGAAGUGCUUCCUUUCUAAAUAGUGCAGAAGUGUGUUUUCAUAAUUAGGGGACGGCUCUUUACCUAAGCAACAGCAGCAGCAGGGAUUUAACAUAAUGGACAUUUUUAAAUGUUAUGGUAUUAGCGCGUGGAAAAAAAAGUUUAUAACAAACAUCCACGCUGAAGAGUCUUUGCGAAAUGCCACCUGUCAUUUGCAGAUGCAAAUAAACAGGAUCCUCCCUGUUACUGCAGCCCCUCCCAAUUUGUCCACAUGUUGUUGCAGUGCAUGUCUGUUGGUCAUGCUGGUAGGGGGCCGAUGGGACUUAUAGACCCAAACAGCUGGAGGGCACCACUUUGGGAAAGGCCAUGUACUUUUUAAAAAAAAUCUCCCCUUGACCCAGUGUUCCACAUCACUUGCCUUCUGUUUUAGCUAAGACAAUUCCUGGUUUUAAAUGACUGUCUGUGGACUUUGGACUCAGAAUGUGACUUCCUGAGUAACUUAGCUUUUCAUUAUCAGCACAAAUCACUUAGUUUUUUUGUAUCAACCCUCAGGGUUGUGGAAGUAAAACUGGAGGAUGACUGAGGGAACAUAAGGUGCCGAGGACCUCCCUCUUGGAGGAUGAUUUGGCGCACCGGAGGAAAACUCCUUUGCCUUUGUUGUGCCGUUGCCAGUUCUGUGCUGUUUGUACACUGGGGCUCGGAAGAGGCCAUUUUGAGGGUGGGUGGGUGUGUCAAAAGAGCACCCCAAGCUCCCUUGUUCCCCUGACAGCCACCACAUGGUCCAAAGAAAUACCUUACCUAGAGUUGGUGCUCUCAGUUCCAUCCCAUUAGAAUUGAAGGUGGUGUAGUUGAGAGUAAUGCAAGAGAAAAGUUAUGUCUUCUCUUUCUCUUCUUACUUGGCCAAUUUUCCUUGGUUACCGCAGCUUAGGACCGCAAUACCUCAAGGACCACCUCUCUCUCUCUCUCUCUCUCUCUGAACCCACCUGGCCCCUGAGAUCCUCUUUUGAGGCCCUUCUUUGUGUGCCUCCUCCCUGAAAGAUCCGGAGGGUGGCAACACAAGAGCAGGCCUUUUCUGCAGUGGCUCCCCACUCGUGGAAUGCUCUCUCUAGUGAGAUUCUGCCGGCGCCUUCGUUAUCCACCUUUAAGGCAAAAACUUUCCUCUGUAAACAGAACUUUGCCCGAUUGAUAUCUGACGCCCUUUAAACAGGUGUUGGGGGAGGAUUAUUGGAAUGUUUUUGUUUUUAUUAUGUAUUUUGUGUUUGUAUAUUGUGAUUUUAUGUUGUGAACCACCCUGAGACCUGCAGGUAUAGGGCAGUAUACAAAUUUAAUUUAAUAAUAAUAAUAAUAAUAAUAAUAAUAAUAAUACGUGGGGCUACCUUUGAAGGUGACCCGGAAACUACAACUAAUCCAGAAUGCGGCAGCUAGACUGGGAGCGGCCGCCGAGACCAUAUAACACCGGUCUUGAAAGAUCUACAUUGGCUCCCAGUACGUUUCCGAGCACAAUUCAAAGUGUUGGUGCUGAGCUUUAAAGCCCUAAACGGACUCGGUCCAGUAUAUCUGAAGGAGCAUCUCCACCCCCACCGUUCUACCCGGUCACUGAGGUCCAGCACCGAGGGCCUUCUGGCGGUUCCCUCACUGCGAGAAGCCAAGUUACAGGGAACCAGGCAGAGGGCCUUCUCGGUAGUGGCGCCCUCCCUGUGGAACGCCCUCCCACCAGAUGUCAAAGAGAACAACAACUACCAGACUUUUAGAAGACAUCUGAAGGCAGCCCUGUUUAGGGAAGCUUUUAAUGUUUGAUGUAUUACAGUAUUUUAAUAUUUUUUUGGAAGCCGCCCAGAGUGGCUGGGGAAGCCCAGCCAGAUGGGUGGGGUAUAAAUAAUAAAUUAUUAUUAUUAUUAUUAUUAUUAUUGCAUCACAUAUUUGCUGCAUCCUGCAACUUCAACCCAAGUCUAGAAUGGGGCCCAUUACACAGUGUUGCGUCAAUGUUCCUCCCUCCCUUUCCCACAAGGAUUAUACCAUAGUUGCUUUGUCUUCUGUUUGCGUUAAAGUUUAUUUUAUUCCCCUCCCACUCCCCCUUCCUUUGUCAUUCAUCCCACUUUUUUUUUUUGCCAUUUCAUAUUUUUUUUCCCCUAGGAGUGGUGCAUGCAGAGCAAAGGAAUCAGUCAUAUUUUGAAAUGGGUAUCUAUGACGAUGGGCCUUACGAAGUUGGCGGGGAGAACCAGCUUGAUGAGAGCCUAGUUCCUGUUCCAUCUAACAGUUACUUAGGUAGGACGAAGCUCUUCAGAGAUCUCGAGGAAAUUUCACUACCCAAAUGUGGAGCGAUAAAGUGAAACGCUGUUGGAAAGUAAUUCAGUUACAGACCCUCCCCACCCGCUUGCGUUUAAACCAAGAGCUUUUUGUGCGUGCCCUCCUUUGCCAUUUCCACCACUGCUUUGAAGUGUAAAAUGGUACUCUUGGUUGAGGUACCUCUAAGAGCUGCUAAUGUAAUGAGACAUUUCAGAGCACCGAUGAGGACUUGCAGAUUUUUAUAUCAUGAUUAUAACCUCUCUGUGUCUCUCUCUGUGUCUCUCUCUCUGUCUUUCUCUCUUUCACACACACACUGUACUGUACUGUAUGUGGAUUAGUAGCCCUAAGCCAUUUUACCUCAACAUGUUUGAUACUCAACAAGAUUGUGAUGGCUAAGAAAGGACGUUCAUGGUGUAUCUCCAGCGUAUAGGGACCCACAAUUUGUCAGCUAACUUCUGAGGCCUCUUUGCAAUGCUUUAAUGGCUAACCCCCCAAAGAUGGGUGUGUCAUAUGGCAAAUUGUCGAGAUUGCAUUUUUGUUCGCCCUCGCUUUCUGAGUGCCAGUUGAUGCAAUUUGUGUGGCGUUUUGCAACAAACGGUGAAAACAAUUCCUUUUUAACGCAAACGGUGAAGAACGGCAAACAACUCACUGGCGUUUGCGCAUGCCUCCUCCAAGAAGGGAUAGGGGCCCUUAAGGAUUGAAUAGCGACCCAUCUGUAAAAGCACACUUUGGGAUGAGAUUUUGUGGGGAACGUUUGAGGCCAAGGAUGAUAUUUUGCCAUUAAAACUGAUGAAGGGGAUGGAAGGAAAAGUCUGUUCCUGUGUAAGCUGAGUUAAUACAGCGUUAUUUUUUUUAAAGCUCUGAGGCGGGAUCCAAAUUUACCGUAUUUUUCACUCUAUAAGACGUACUUUUCCCCUCCUAAAAAGUAAGGAGAAAUGUGUGUGCAUCUUAUGGAGUGAAUGCAGACUGCGCAGCUCUCGCUGAAGCCAGGAGAGCAAGGAGGGAUUGGUGCGUGCCGAUCCCUCUUGCUGUUCUGGCUUCAGGGAUAGCCACGCAAAGGCUCUUCAGUGCAACGGGAGAAAUGCUCCCCCUGCCCUGAAGAGGUUUGGCACGGCUAUCCCAGAAGCCAAAACAGCAAGAGGGAUCGCUGCUUUUGCUGCGCAGCGAUCCCUCUUGCUGUUCUGACUUCGCUUCGCUGAAGAGGCGCUGCGCAGAGAGAGAAAGCUGCGCAGUGCCCCUUCAGCAAAGCAGGAGGAGAAAUGGAGCCCCUUCCGUUUCUCCUCCCGCUUUGCUGGAGAGGCGCUACGCAGAGAGGGAGAGAAUUUUUUUUCCUUGUUCUCCCCUCUAAAACAGGGUGCGUCUUAUAGAGCAAAAAAUACGGUACAGUGGUACCUCGGGUUACAUACGCUUCAGGUUACAUACGCUUCGGGUAUACACACGCUUACAUACGCUUCAGACUCCGCUAACCCAGAAAUAGUGCUUCAGGUUAAGAACUUUGCUUCAGGAUAAGAACAGAAAUCGGGCUCUGGCGGCGCGUCAGCAGCAGGAGGCCCCAUUAGCUAAAGUGGUUCUUCAGGUUAAGAACAGUUUCAGGUUAAGUACGGACCUCCGGUACGAAUUAAGUACUUAACCUGAGGUACCACUGUACUUUACAAUCCAGGACCUUUUUAACCCUCACAGCAAUCUGAUCAGCGGGGAGGUUUCCACGAAUCUGAUUCCCAUUUGCCAUGAGUAAAAAUCUGUAGAUGUUAAUGGGCAUUGAAGGGUAGGAGCGCUAACCCCCAACUUCUUGUGUGGCAACAGGUCACGGGCCCUGUAGCUUCAGGCAAGGCCCUAAAGGAUGUAACUUGCCUAUAUUUCCAUUGGUAAAACUUCUGCUCUCCUUCAGGUUUUCCCCCUAAGUCUCCAUGUUGUUAUGCUCUCUGCUUAACCUGUCCUUCUUUCUUUCUUUCCUUCAUCUUCUUCCUCCACCCACAUUUGCAGGUCUCCUUUUCCUGACAAGUGUGUCUUUUGGUAGCCCCGAUCAGUUUGUGUACAAAACACUGCCUCCCAACGUCAGGGUAGGCAAGGCCACCGAUCUGAUGAUGAAUAGCUAUCUAGGUUUGUGACCUCUGAAUAGCGGUUGUCCAUCUCGCUUCCUUUGUUACAUUCCAAACAUUCCAGACAUCGUUCUUUGUUUUCCAUUUCAAGUUGGUGCGUGUUGUGGAAAAUGCUCAAAUGAGACGAGGGGACUUCUGAAAGUUUGGGGCGAGAAAGAAUCCUCAGGACUCGAGCUUUCGGGGGGCUGGCUUGGCUAGGGGCCUGCAGGUCAAGGAUGGAGAACCUGUGGACCUCGAUGACUGCUCCACCAAAACGGGGAUAGAGGGGAACCAAUAAGAUGAAGGUGGCCGCACCAAAGAGGGAGUGCUCAAAUUGUUUACUGUACCUGUGUGAGCUGAAUGUAGAAGUUCAGCAUCAGUACCUGGGGGAAUCGCGCCAUAAGCAUGAUACAUUUUUCAUGAGGUCUUAACAUUCCUUUAACAUCAUGGGAGUGCUCUGUUAAAGCAAGUGAACACUUGAAUAGAUUUUUAUUUAUUACAAAGUCUGAAGAAAGCACAACGAAAUUGCUGUGAAUGUGGCUCUUUGAAAUCAGCACUGUAUACAGUGGUACCUCGGUUUUUGAGCGACUCGGAAGCCUAACGUUUUGGUUUUCAAACGCCAAAACCCCGGAAGUAAACACUUCUGUUUUCGAACGUGCCUCAGAAUUUGAACAGCUUCCGCUGCAUUCCCCCCAAUUUUCUUCACUGACGUUGCAGACCGCCCUUUGCGCCUCGGUUGUUGAGCAUUUUGGAAGUCGAACCAUCUUCCGGAACAGAUUACGUUCGACAACCGAGGUACCACUGUAUGUGCUGCUUUGAGUCUGCUUCAAUGUCUGCUGGGAGAGGACAGGUUUAAGCUUUUAAUGUAUAUGUGUAGACCCUGUUAGGUGGGUUUCCAUUGACCCUGUGCUUCCAAUCACCCCUUUAACAUAGCAACAAUCACAGAGGCUUUGCCCUACAAUAGCACCACACCUUCAACUGUUCGUCUGUUUUAUGUUGUGCGGUAGGUUUUUCUCUGGACUCUGGAAAAGGCAUCACUUCGCAGAACGAGCUCACUUUUGUGUCUGGAGCUCCGAGAGCAAACCACAGUGGAGCGGUUGUCCUUUUGAAAAAAGACACUGUCAUUCAACGGGCAUUGUCUCCUGAGCACACAUUUGAAGGCGAGGGGCUGGCCUCCUCUUUUGGCUAUGAUGUGGCUGUUGUAGACCUCAACAGUGAUGGGUAAGCCUGCCCUCUGGCUCCUCUUUCUUCUAGUACCAUGGGGAAGUGUGAUCGUAUCUUUCUUUGUUUGCAAAGUGGGAGAAACAUAGCUGUGAACGUUUCCCCUUUUUGAAGGGAAAUUCCCUUAUUCCGGAUAGGAUUCCUCGCAAGAAAAGGGAAAAGUUGACAGCUAUGGGGAGAAAUGAGGCUGUUCCUCAUUAGGUUAUGGCAAACUCAGAAAAGCAUAAAUGCACCAUUGCUUUUAAGAAAAGCAACCUGCCCAUUUUCAUAAAACGUAACUGGCGGACCGGUGAAUGUUUUCACACUUCCUGCUCCCCUGACCCUCCAUUUUAAGUGGUUUGAGUAAGUAAGCUUACUCACUGUAAAAAAUUCAGCAAAAUGGAUACUUUAAAGAAGUAUCUCAGGAAAUAUAGACCAGGGAAGGUGAACUUGAAAACCUCCAGUUGUUGCUGGAUUUCAACUUGUCAACCCCAAUGAACAGGGCCAAUGAUUAAAAAUAAUAAAAAAAAUAAUAAUGAUAAUAAUUUAUUUAUACCCCAACAGAAUGGCUCCCAACAGAAUAUUAAAAAUACGAUAAAACAUUAAAAACUUCACUAAACUGGGUUGCCUUCAGAUGUCUUCUAAAAGUCAGAUAGUUGUUUAUUUCGUUGACAUCUGAUGGGAGGGCGUUCCACAGGGCGGGUGCCACUACCGAGAAGGCCCUCUUCCUGGUUCCCUGCAACCUCACUGCUCACAGUGAGGGAACCACCAGAAGGCCCUUGGUGCUGGACCUCGGUGUCCCGGCUGAACGAUGGGGGUGGAGAUGCUCCUUUAGGGAUGAUCCAGCAACAUUUGGAGAGCCACAGGUUUCUUAUCCAUGACCUAAACAAACUAUAGUAAGUCUAGAGACAAUGGAUAAAACAAUCACCAUUAGCUGUACUGCUGGAUAAGUGUUUAAUGGUUAUUGUAUUGUUUAAACCAGGCAUGGCCAGACUUGGCCCUCCAGCUGUUUUGGGACUACAAUUCCCAUCAUCCUGACCACUGGUCCUGUUAGCUAGGGAUGAUGGGAGUUGUAGUCCCAAAACAGCUGGAGGGCUGUUUGGCCAUGCCUGGUUUAAACCAACCAACCAUAACCCCUUCUACUGUGGUCCAGAGGAUUAAACAGAACUUGAAUUUGGGAAAUCCCGAUCAUGAACUUUGACUUGAGUCACUCUUAGGAGCGGUACAAUCUUGUGCAUGUUUACUCAGAAGUAAGUCCCACUGAGUUAAAAGAGGCUUACUCCCAGGUGAGUGAUUAUAGGACUGCAGCCCAAGUUCCAUACAUGCAAAAACUGGACGAGCAAUGACCAACUUGGCAAGAUGGUCGUGAGUUCAGUGAGAAUAAAACACCGUAAAAAAAGACAGCAAAGUACUGUAGAAAUGGCCAGGGGGGGUGGAAAUCUAGCCGUUUAUCACUGAACUUCUUAAAACUGAAUUCAAGAGAUCUCUCUGAGCAGCUGUAUUAUUUGGAAGCCUUGUGUUGAAUUGUGCACUCUGCUGAACAUGUUGUCUUUCUGAGGUCACUUUUAUCACCUGCUUCUCACACUUGUCUUAAACACAAUGAACUUGUUGUUUUCUCAGUUGGCAAGAUAUUGUUGUCGGAGCGCCGCAGUACUUUGACAGGGAAGGAGAAAUUGGCGGUGCUGUGUACAUUUACAUUAACCAGCAAGGCAAGUGGGAAGGAGUCAAACCAGUUCGGCUCACAGGACCAGCAGACUCCAUGUUUGGAAUCGCAGUCGAAAAUAUUGGUGACAUUAACCAAGAUGGCUUCGAAGGUAAGCCGGAAAACGAUUGGCCUGCUCUUUGAUGAUGAUGAUGAAUUUCAUUUCUAUACCACAUUAUAUUUUUAAGAACAAUAUUUCAAGGCGGUUUGCAACCUACAUCAAAACAUCAUAUAAAACAAUCCAGAAUAUUGUUAUUAUUUAUUAAAUUUGUAUACCGCCCUUCAUCUGAAGAUUGCAGGGUGGAUCACAAGAUAAAAAAGACAAAAUGAGGACAUAAAAGAAAUAAUAAAGCAAAAAACAAAACAAAACCCCAAUAACCUGCUUUCUGGAGAAAGUCAAAUAGAAAGUAUACAUUCAAAGCAACAUGAUUAACGGGAAACUAAAUAUUUCAAGAUGAAAUAUUACAAAGGAGGUUCGACUACAAAAGCACAUUUAACACAGCAAAAUUAACAACAACAAAAACCACAUGAACAUUUCAAAGGAAAACACUACUAAAGGAAGUUGUCAUCAUUCAUUCCAUCUCUAUACCGCUUUAUAUUUUAAAGAACACAUCUCAAAGCGGUUUACAACAACAUGACAACGUCAAAUAAAACAAUCCAGAAUAAAACAAAUUCAAGCUCCAAAGAAGAAAAUGUUUCAGAUCCUUCUCUAAGUGAACAUUUUGUUUUCCCCAGUCGCCUGCCUGGCAUCCAGAGAUCUCCACGUGGUCGCCAUUGGACCUGCACCAGCCGCAAAAUGUGGCUAAUUUCUGAUUCUGGGGCCUGGACAAACUCCAUGGGCCCUGCCUUAUUUGAGCAAUCCAUGUAGCUUUGAAAACCUGCAUGUUCAGUUUGACUGUUGUUGUCCUUCUCUCUUUUUUUUAUGCAACAGAUAUUGCUGUAGGGGCUCCAUAUGACGACUCUGGCAAGGUGUAUAUUUAUCAUGGCUCCAAGGACGGGAUAAACACAAAACCAGCACAGGUACUAGCUAGUCACGUUCGCUUCUCCUUCCAAUGGAACUGAAAUACCGUAUUUUUCGCUCUAUAACACGCACCCGACCAUAACACGCACAUAGUUUUUAGAGGAGGAAAACAAGAAAAAAAAUAUUCUAAACGAAACAGUGGAUGUAUGAUUUUUGUGGUUCAUGUUGUGGCCACAGACAUGUGAUCUGACGGUGAGUUUAGGGUAGCCCAAUGCAAAAAUCCUGAGGAUCCAUGUGGAUCCAUGCUUUGUAACCACGUUUUUGCACCACUGCGGCCCCAGGCAACAGUGGGUGCGUGAUUUUUUUGGUGCAAGCUGUAGCCAUGGACAUGCUAUGUGAUCUGAUGGUGAAUUUGGGGUGACCCAGUGCAAAAAUCCUGAGGAUCCAUGUGGAUCCGUGCUUUGUAACCACGUUUUAAGUGGGGAGAGAAGGAAAAGCACUCAAGGGACAAGGAACACGCGUGGGGUGGGUGGAGAAGGAUGCUGUUAAUAAUGCAGAAGAGGGGUAUAAGAGGAGAAGCAAGCAGGCUCUGCUUCUCUCCCUCCUCCCCGGCUCGCUAAAAAACUUUGCUACUAUUUAGCCAGCUGAGUGGGGAGGAGAGAGGGACAGAGAGCCUGCUAGCUCCUCUCCUCUCCCGCUUUGCUCCUUUAAAGCAAGCAGGCUCUCUGUCCCUCUCUCCUCCCCACUCAGUGGCUCUUCUCCCGCUUUGCUGUUUCAAAGCGAGCCACGGAGGAGGGAAGGAAGGGGAACCAUGGAUCCUCUGCUCACGACUGCACCAGAUCCCCCCCGCCACCCAUAGGCAUUCGCUCCAUAACACGCACAGACAUUUCCCCUUACUUUUCUAGGAGGAAAAAAGUGAGUGUUAUGGUGCAAAAAAUACGGUAUUCAUUUGGCUUGUUUCCUAAGCUUCUCCCAGGCAGCUGCCCACUUAUAGCUCUCUGCCACCUGCAUCUCUCUCUCCUUUGACCUUGCACGCCACUCUCUUCUCUGCCUAAUAUCUUUUCAUGUAAAACCCCAUCUGCACUAUACUUCUAAAGCAAUAUCAUACCACUUUAAACAGUCGUGCUUUCCACCAAUGCAUCCUGGGAACUGUAGUUCGUUAUAAAGGCAUUGAGUGUUGUUAAAAGGUAAAGGGACCCCUGACCAUUAGGUCCAGUCGUGACUGACUGCGGUUGUGGCGCUCAUCUUGCUUUAUUGGCCGAGAGAGCUGGUGUACAGCUUCCGGGUCAUGUGGCCAGCAUGACUAAGCCACUUCUGGCGAACCAGAGCAGUGCACGGAAACGCCGUUUACCUUCCCACAGGAGUGGUACCUAUUUAUCCACUUGCACUUUGAUGUGCUUUCGAACUGGGAUCCCUAUUCCCCUAAUAGAGCUUCAAUUCCGGAGUUUCCUGGAAAGAGGGGUUGAUUGUUAAAGCACGCUGGAAAUUGUAGCUCUCUGAGUGGAACAGUUUUGUCCUACGUUUCCUCAAGCUGUUCCUCUUAAGAGACGCUGCUUGCUAAGUCUUUUGCCUUCUGUAGAAAAUAAGAUAAAAGCCUUUAUCCUGUUGUUGCAGAAUUCAGCUCUUUCUUCAGAUUUGUAUUAUUAUUAUUUUUUGUAUUAUUAUUUUUUUGCAUGUGUGGAGCAUGGCCUGCCUCCUAAUAAAUGCAGACGUGAUAUUCUUUUAUUGUUUUAAUUGCCAUUGAUUUUUCUGUUUUUAUUUAUAAGCUUUAUGCAGACAAGAAAUCUUGGGGGGGAAAUUGACUAUGUGUCCCGAUGGCUUUUCAGUAGACUCUUUUAACUGCAUUAAUCAAUAAUUCUUAUAAUGACUUAUGGUUCUGGAGAUUGGUGUUGAUGAGAUAGCUGCUUGGCUAGUUCUUUUCAGUGGGAAGUGCUCACCUAAUUUCCAUUGAUACCGUAUUGGUCUGAAUAUAAGCCUCACUUUUCCCCCAAAUUCCGACCGUGAAAAGUUGAAAAUGCGGCUUAAAUUCGCAACCUUACAAAAAUGGGCUUUUAUACGAUAUCACCGCUGAAACAGACAUACGGUAAAACGGAACCAAAAAAUGUUUUAUUGCCGAUUUGCGAGCUUGAGACUGUUCAUUUGCCGUUUACGGGAGUCAGUGCCUGUGGAAUUGCAGCCAACUGAAUAGCAAUUUGCGAUUUCAGCGAUUCUACGGUAACUUUUGCGGGCUUGCAAGAUCAAAGGCUUAAAUUGGCUCGGAGUUGCAAUUCCACCAACCGCAGCGAUUUUCAGCCUGUAACCCAAUUUUAAGGGAGGGGCUUAUAUUCGGCUAUUGUCUCCCCCCUGCCUUGAAUUUUAAAGGUGCAGCUUAUUUGUCGGUGCAGCUUAUAUCCGGGCCAAUACGGUAGCCUAUAAUUCUGUGACAUUUGACAGCACCCUCUUUCAUAGUGUGUACCCCAUUGCGGCUCCUUUCUGACUUCCUUUAGCUGUGCUCCCCUUUUUAUGACCCUUUUCUAUGUCUGAUUUACUCUCUGCCUUUUUCCUAAGGUGACGUUCUACUAAUUGCAGGGUGAAUCUUUGACCUUCCAAGUUGUUUGACCCUCCAAGCCCCAUCAGCCAUAGCAAUCCUGUUCAGUGAUUAGGGACGUUGUAGUUUAGCAACAUCUCAAGGGCCAAAGGUUCCCCACACCAGAUGAAGCUGCUAAAUGAAUACAUUUAUUAUUUAAAUGUUUUUAAACCACCCUUCAUCUUUAGAGACAUGAGGACUUUAUAUAGGGGCAUGAACAUAUCAGAAUAUUCCAAAAAUCCAAUACACUGAAAACAGCAAAGACAAGUGUAUAUGGAUGGCAGUCAAGUAGCAAAAUACAGCAUAACAAUUUCCAUUUUUUCGCACUGUUUCAGAUUCUGGAUGGUGGGGCAAACGGAGUCUCGUCCUUUGGUUAUUCUAUCACCGGAAACAUGGACCUUGACAAAAACUCCUAUCCUGAUAUUGCUGUUGGGUCUCUUUCAGAUUCUGUAGCUGUUUACAGGUGUGUAGCGCCUUCUUGAUUUAACCUUAACUCUGGGGUCCUUAAUGUGGCACCUGUUGCACCCUGGUUGUUCUCAGACACCUCCUUUGUCAGCCUUAAAAAAUAACUGAGGGUUUGGGGCAUUGUUUGUUUGGAAGGUUUCCUGCUUUCUUUGGGUUUUUUUUAAAUUUGUUAUGGGUUGUGCACAGGCUUUUUGUUUAUUUGGAGGAGGCGGGGGAGUCUGAGCAUCACCAGUUUUCUUCUGUGAAGUGGGUAUUUUGUGGUGCCCUAACAGUUUUUUCCAUGGGGUCACGAAGAGUUGGACUAAACAACAACAACAGUUUCUUAGAUUUCCAAAUGUGCCACUGAGCCCAAACAUUUUUGAGGAGACUAGACUUAGCAGUUGGCCUGAGUUUCCACAAUGUAUUUUUCAUCUUUUAAGAACGGUGAGGCCCCAAACUUUCAUAAAUAUUAAAAUGAGUGAGUCCUUGAACAAGAGCAGUCACAUGGGCAUAAUUCUCUCAGACAUAGGAAUGAUGAUAUAGUAAAGACAUAGGAAUGAUGAUAUAGUAAAUGUGCCUUGGACUAAACCAUUUCAGACUGUUGGGGGCCUAGAAUCCUCCCCCCUACAAUCAAUCUUUCAGUGUUCAGGGAAUUGUUUUCCAGUGUGGAGGGCCAAGCCAGUCAUGUGACUCUAUCUGCUGCCCAGUGGUGUAGCGUGGGUUGCCAGUGCCAGGGGCUCCAUGGCGGGAGGGAAACAGAUGGGUGUGCAUUCAACUGCCCAGUGACAUCCAUGUCACCCAAGAGAUCACAGCCGCAGAGAUAAGAAAAUAAGAGCCGUUCCUUUUGUCCUGGUUCGCAUGGACAAGCUGUUUUCAAUGGAGCCCAGUGGCAGAAGCAAGCAGCUGUGUUGAGGCAGCAAUGGGUGUUGAAAUUUUGUGCCCCUAACAGUUUUGAGCAUGGGGAAACCGCCCCUUUGGCCCCCAUCCCACGCUACACCACCGCUGCUGCCUGAAGUAGAACAGUCCAGACACAGGAGAAUGUAAGUUGCCACUGUUGUGGGAAUAAUUGUGCAUAAAAACAGAGACAGGCGGAAAGAAUGACAGACAGACUAGGACUGAGGAAGAGAAGUCAGUUUUAUUCUAAAUGCAGUCACCCAGCCUUUGUUUAUCAGAUGUGUAACAUAUUUUGAUGAAAUGUUUUACUCUAAACCCUCUUGUGCUUUCGGUGCUAACACACUGCAAAAAACUAGGCCACUCUGUCAGAGCCUCUCCCUCCUACAGCAUGAAAAUAGAAAGCCCAAUGGGGCUUUCCCUGUUUAUUAGCCUAAGAAUUCCUUCCUCGAGUGCCAUUCAUUGAAAUAACAAGUUUCUUCCCCAACCUCCUCUUCCCUCCUGACAUACAAGAUCGCGGCCUGUGGUGAACGUUAAGAAAACUAUUAAGAUAGACCCCGGCAGAAUAGACCUAAAGAAAAAGAACUGUGAAGUCCCCAGUGGGAUUUGGUAAGCCGUUGAACUCCUAAUAUUUGUUUCAAUGUUUUGGCAAACGUUCAUGUGUUUCAUAUGCACGAGAAUUUCCACUAUAUGGUGCACCGCAUGGGAGGUUACUAUGCCAGCCCGCAAAUACACUGUUACCUGUUAGGUUGGAUUGUUGAUGUUACUCCUGUAUUGUUGGGUGUUAAGAGCUACAACAAUGCCUCUUCUUGCCAUGUUGCCUUGGUAAUGUUGGAAGCAAGGGACCAUUGUUCCAACCCAUCCCUUUCACUUAUUGAGGCAGCAGGGCCUCAUGGGUCUCUUCCUCCUCGCCGUCUUUACCAAUAUCUACUCUCCUAGCCUGAAGGCCGCAGCUCUUAAAGAUCUGGCCUGAAGAGGAAUGUUGCUUUGCAUUUCUGUGGCCGCUCAACAGGCACACUUCUUCCCUGUGCCGUUGGGCAAGUGUUGUAAUAUGGAAGGCACCCAAUUCUUCUGGCCAGCCGUGCUUAGGGGACUGUGAGGGUCCUGGCUCAGCUCUGAAGGGUCCAACCCUCAAGUUCUGUGAGCUCUGAACCACCAGCCUCUGAUUCUAUGGGCUUUGAACCACCAGCAUGGCAGUCCUGGUCUCAGCUGGCUUCUCCUCCUUGGAGCUCAAGGCUGGAGCCCUACAAACCUUUUAUGGUGGAGACCACGCUGCCAGGUUUUUGAAGACCCUUGGGCAAGGUGUCCUCAGUGCGCCUGCUCCACAAGUCACCAUUUUUGCUACAGUCACUAUUGCCUUUUCUCUUUGGGACCAACCCCUACCGUUGCCCAGAACACCAAGCAAGCACUUAUUCUCAUUGUUCUUGCCCCUGAUCAUUAGGGUUGGGCGACAUCCGGUUUUCAACAUCGUGGUAUCUCAGCAGCUAUAUACCGCAAUACGGUGGUACCUCUGGUUACAAACUUAAUCCGUUCUGGAGGUCUGUUUGUAACCCGAAACUGCUCAUAACAUGAGGCCAGCUUUUGCUAAUGGCGCCUCCCGCUGUUACCGCGCUGCCGGCACGCGACUUCCGCUCACAUCCCGGGGCAAAGUUUGCAACAAGGGGCAUCCUGGUUAGCAGAGCUCAUAACCUGCAGCGUUUGCAAGGAGGACAGUAUGUAACACGAGGUUCCACUGUACGCUGGUACAUCACAAUGUCUGGAAUGUAUCGCAGCUGCGUCUUCCUAUCCCCACUACCUUACGGGAAGAAGAAACAGCUGAGAUACAUCACCCAGCCCUACUGAGCAAGCUGGAGGGACAUCAGGACUUCGUUAAACUGCUCAGGUGGGGGGCAGGAAGCGUUCUGUCUGAGCAAGUACCAGUACUUGCCAAUACUGAGCAAGUACUCAGGCUCACACAAGCGGGAGGGGCGGGGGGCUUCCUUAAAGACGCAGGCAGGCAGAGCCCAAGAAGGUGCUCCCCCAGAACCUUCUUCAGCUCCGCCUGCAACUUGAGUUGGCGCAACGUAUUGCCAGCUCAAAUUGUCUGAAACCGGUAACGCGAUCUGAACGCCAUACCAGUUUCAGACGAUUUAUCAAUAUACCAACUAGGAGAAGGUCGGCUGGAGCCUGCCCUUACCUGCCCCUCACUCCGCCCCCCAGCCUGCAUCCGAUUGGCUAGCCGGGGAGGGGGCGGAGCGACGGUCCAGCAAACAAGGUGGGGUGUCACCCAGGCUCGGGAAUUCUGGGCCGAGUCGCAAACCCCGCCCAUCGCUUAGAUGGAUGAGUGGAUGAGCUGGUAAUUGCCAGCUAAAAUUGUCUGAAACCGGUAUUGUGAUCUGAACGCCAUACCGGUUUCAAACAAAUAAUAAUAAUAAUAAUAAUAAUAAUAAUAAUAAUAAUAAUGUAUUAUUUAUACACCGCCCAUCUGGCUGGGUUUCCCCAGCCACUCUGGGCUGCUUCCAACUGAAUAUUAAAACCAAUACAGCAUCAGACAUUAAAAACUUCCCUAAACAGGGCUGCCUUCAGUUGUCUUUUAACUGGUAUGGCGUAUAUAUCGCCCAGCUCUACUGAUCACUUGCUUAGAGCAGAUGGGGUAGUGGCAGCGAAGAGGCAGAGGAGCAGCCAGGAUUUCAAGGGGUUGGCCAUAGCAGUCUCGUUCCCUUUUCCUUCUUGGGACAAUGCAAAUACCAGGCCUCAAGACGACAGAAGAUGUGUUUAUGGCACCAAGUACCUGACUAUAGAGGGUGGGCACUGAAGCAAUGCAUUUACUCUCGAGAUUCCAGCAGCUUUUGGUGAAAUGUCUCCGGUGCUGAACUCUUUGAAGUUUAUUUCUGUGCUCUUGAAUUCUUCCAGCGUGAACAUUGAAGCUUGCUUUGAGUAUACAGCUAGUUCCAGUGACUUCAACCCCAAACUAAGUAAGUUGCUAUGAUAUAACGAUACUUGCAUAUCGUUAAGUGUAGCUCCCACAACAAUUUUUCCCAUUUGCAAAUGUGUCCAUGGACCCCAAUAUUUUUUUAUUAUUUUUACUUUUUGCAAUCCCCUGUUCUGCAUUGUUUUAACUUCACGUGUUCAUGCAAAAAUGCCUGACGCUUGACACUUGUAUCCUUUCAAAGCCAGCUCAGUGGCGCAUCUUGCAAGGUGACCAGGUCUUAAAACUUGUUGCCUUCCUAGGUGUGUAGGUAUGUUGAUAUGUAUAGUAUAGGUAGGUAUUAUAUAGAGUAAUGUAGGUAUGUUUUAUGUUAUGAAAAUAAGGUAGUGUAUUAUGUAUGUGUACUGUGUAAAUAUAUACAGUAUUUUUCGCUCUAUAGGACGCACCAGACCAUAGGAGGGGGAGAACAGGGGUGGGGAUUCUCCCUCUCUCUGCUUAGCGCCCCUUCAGCGAAGCGGCAAGAGAAACGGAGCCCCUUCCAUUUCUCCUCCCGUUCACUGAAGGGGCGCUGCACAGAGAGGGAAAACUGUGCAGCGUCUCUCCAGCGAAGCGAAGCCUGGAGAGCAAGAGGGAUCGGUGUGCACCGACCCCUCUCGCUCUCCAGGCUUCAGGCGGCUAUCCGCAAGCCUUUGGAGUGCAGCGGGAACUCCUGCUGCACUCCGAAGGCUUGCGGAUAGCUGCCUGAAGUCCCCAGAGCACAGCAGGAGUUCCCUGUGCUCCGGGGGCUUCAGGCAGCCUCAGCAAAAGCAACGCGAAGCCUCUGGAGCGCAGGGGGAGCUCUCCCUCUGCGCUUCGGAGGCUUCGCAUUGCUAUCGCUGAAGCCAAGGAGCCUGCAUUCGCUCCAUAGGACGCACACACAUUUCCCCUUCAUUUUUGGAGGGGAAAAAGUGCAUCCUAUAGAGCGAAAAAUACAGUAUGUAUGUGUUUGAUAUGCUUAUUAAAAAAAUCUAAAAAAAUAAAAAUAAAAUAAAACUUGUUGCCUUCCAGGGCAAGGCAGGGAAAAAAUGGGCUAAUGUACAACAUCUGUAAGAUAGUAUACCAGCCUUUCCCAACCUGGUGCCCCUCCCCAUGUGUUAUGGACUACAAAUCCCAUAAGCCCCCAAGGCAGGGAUGGUGGGAUUUGUAGUCCAGCAAUAUCUAGAGUGAGCUAGGUUAGGAAGGCUGAACAGCGUUGAUUUCUAGCACCAUUUAAACAAAGAGCAGUGAAUUAAACAUGGUACAACUUGUCUUCCCUUAUACUAUUUCUGAGGGUUCUUUUUCUUUUCACUCCAACCCCCUCCCCCCCUCCCACUUCCCAGUUCUGAACUAUACAAUUGAAGUAGAAAAUGAGAGGAGGCGAUCGGGCUGGCCGUCCAGAGUGCAGUUUUCCGAUCGACUCUCUUCCAGAGGGCAGUCUCUUGAGCGACUCUCCGAUCAGCUGAGUGGGAGUGUGACUCUCCAAGGGCAGAAGAAAGAAGAGUGUGUGACAAAAAAACUCGUGUUGCAGGUAUGAGAAGCACAGAGGCUUCUGUGUUUAAUGCUGCCCCAUUCAGGUCUAGUUUCGCCAACGAUACGCUUUCAGGUGAACUUGAGGUGGCCUCCAGCUUGUGGGUCACAUAUGAGAUCCGCUGUGAUUAGAAAGCUGGCUUAGGAAAACCUGUGGCCAAGUUCCUACACAGCCAUAAAGCCCAUUGGGCGACCUUUGGCAAGUCCGUCUCCAUCAGCCUUAGCCUACUUUACGGAGUUGUUGUGAACAUACAGGUGAACAACAUGUAUGCCAGCUAUUGCGAGCUCCGUGAGUUUGCAUGUUCUAAUCUUUGCUCAGAAUAAUAAUUUCAUGUUUGUUUCUUUACUUCAGGCAAAAGGAGUUUGCAUAAUAUAAUAAUAAUAAUAAUAAUUUAUUAUUUAUACCCCAUCUGGCUGGGUUUCCCCAGCCACUCUGGGCGGCUUCCAACAAAACACUAAAAUGCAAUAACCUUUUAAACAUUAAAAGCUUCCCUAAACAGGGCUGCCUUCAGAUGUCUUCUAAAAGUUUGGUAGUUAUUUUUCUCUUUGACAUCUGGUGGGAGGGCGUUCCACAGGGCGGGUGCUACUACCAAAAAGGCCCUCUGCCUGGUUCGCUGUAACUUGGCUUCUCGCAGCGAGGGAACCACCAGAAGGCCCUCGGCGCUGGACCUCAGUGUCCGGGCAGAACGAUGGAGGUGGAGACACUCCUUCAGGUAUACUGGACCGAGGCCGUUUAGGGCUUUAAAGGUCAGCACCAACACUUUGAAUUGUGCUCGGAAACGUACUGGGAGCCAGUGUAGGUCUUUCAAGACCAGUGUUAUAUGAUAGAAAUAUCAAAACAUUAUGCAUGUAUGUAAGCACCCUGGGAACAAAUUCCUUGCUUGCGUCCUUUGGUGUUACAAGCAAGGAAUUUGCCCACCAUUUCAUUUGACUUAAAUGUUUUUUUUAAUAGUCCACUAAAGGCCUCCAUUCCGCUAUAAAAAGUUCGUCAUUUUGAAUGCAUAGUCCUUUACUUUCAAAAGCCACUCCUCCUUCAUUGGAACCUCUUCUUCUUUUCAUUUCUCCGCAUUUAAUAUCCUAGCUGCUGCUGUCACAUACAUAAAUAGUUUGGCAAUGCAAGUAGUUACUUUUAGGUUAAGUAUUUGUGGGAUGGCCCUAGCCUGUUGAACUAAUGUGCCAGUGUUGGAAACCGAGAUGUUGUCACAGUGAUGGAAUUGUGCAGGCUAGGACCUUUGUGCAAGCUCAAUGCACAGUAAGUUUGAAGCCAGGAUAUUUGCUGCCAAACCCAGCAGGGGGUUAUUCUGUGUGCUAAUAAUUCAAAUGUAUGUAUCUCUUAGGAAAAUAUCAAAGAUAAACUGCGUCCAAUUCCUAUAACAGUUGGCGUCGCAAUAAACGGCUCCGAGUCCAGCUCUCAGUCAAGGAGGAGACAAGGACGGUCGCUCCCAGAACUUCUUCCCAUUCUAAAUUCCAAUGAACCAAGUACAGUUAAUGCGGAAGUAAGUUUUUCCCUCCUUCCCUUUCUAAUCCUGAGAUCAGUUCCAGCCUGAUUAGUUCAUUUUGCACCAUGUCUCAGAAACACAUAGAAAGAAGGAAAGGUUUGUCUGAGUAACAAUUCAGAAAUCUGCAUUUGUAACUGCCUGCAUGCUUGUUGAUGUGUGCUGUCUGUUAAUCCAAAAUUCACAGGGAGCCAAGCUGGUUAUGAGCUGGUAGACAGAUAUACCGUAUUGGCCUGAAUAUAAGCCGCACCCAAAUAUAAGCUGCAUGUUUAAAAUUGGAGGGGGGGAGAGAAAAAAAGAAAAAAUACCCCAAAAUAAGCCACUCCAUUCCUCACUGCUCCUGGCUGCAUGGGUGGGGGGAGAGCUGCGUUGAGGGCGGCCUUUCCCCUUCUUUGCUCUCUCGCUUCCCAGCCUUGCGGGGAGAGGACAGGGAACUGCACACGGGGCGGGCGCCACUUUGCUGCGCUCCUGGCGCUGUUUGCCCCGCGCUCCUGGCUGCAUACUAUAAGGUCGCAAAUAUAAGCCGCACUUUUCACAGUCAGAAUUUGAAAUAAAAGUGAGGCUUAUAUUCAGGCCAAUACGGUAUAUACGCACAAGAGUAAUAAUAGGUACGUUGUCAGGCUUUUCAAACUCCUUGAAAGCCAAUUCUGCACCUCGUAAAUAUUCGGGUGUAGAAAUUUGGCACGGCACUAUUUGGGUUGAUUGAACUUAGGUGUCGUGCGGAAAAAGACCGAAAAAGUGGCUCGUGGCACAGGAUUUCUAUACCUCCUCUGUUUCCUAUGUGGCUGUAAUUCUUUAAAUUCGAUGCUGUGUCAAAUCUAAACUUGCGUUCGUUGUAGGUGCAGUUCCUGAAAGAAGGCUGUGGAGAAGACAAUAUUUGCCACAGCAAUUUGAAGCUUCAUUACAGAUUUUGCACCAAAGAAGGGAAUGAAGACAGAUUUUCCUAUUUACCAAUGUAAGUCUUUAAGGAUACCAGUUUUGAAAAUAAAGUCGCUUGUGUUCCUUGGAGGCUUUUCUUCCCGCCAGUCCCUAAAACCUGACUCGUUCUGUGUCCUUAGUAAGAACAACAUUCCAGUGCUUGUCCUCAAAGACCAAAAAGACAUUGCCCUUGAAAUCACAGUGACAAACAAUCCGUCGGACCCAAGAGAUCCUGAGGCAGAUGGCGAAGAUGCCCAUGAAGCUAGACUCAUAGCUACCUUUCCAGAUAGCUUGACUUACUCUGCUUUUAGGGAGCUGAAAGCCUUUCCGGUAAGUUCUGUUUCCAUGUAAAAAAAGCAUUUCAGGAAAACGCAUUGUAAACUUUAUCAUGGGAAAUCAUGUUGGUGAAAGACUGGACUCCACAAUGUCAUGUCGUGUCGCCGUGUUAUAACACACGUAAAACGCUUUUUCUUUGCUAAUGUAGCUGAGUCCCAGGUGAUGCGGACGUUCAAAGAACCUUUUCGUUAUUUCAUUUAACUCUUUGCAUUGAAAUAUCGAUCUCUUUUAACUCAGGAGAAACAACUCACCUGCGGGGCUAAUCCAAACGGCUCUCAAGUAGACUGUGAACUUGGAAAUCCUUUCAAGAGAAAUUCUUCCGUAAGUGGUUUAUUCUUAUAGAGCCAAUGCCUCGCGUACAGUGGUACCUUGGCUUUUUAACGUAAUACGUUCUGGAAGACCAUUCGACUACCGAAGCGUUCAAAAACCGGGGCACAAAGGGCUGUUGGCAAAUUCAGUUGAGAAAAUUGAAAAAUACGCAGCAGAAGCUGUUGGACUUCCAAGGCGUGUUCGAAAAUGGAAGCAUUUACUUCCGGGUUUUUGGUGUUCUGGUUCCAAAAUGUUCGUCAACGGAGACGUUGGAGAACCAAGGUUCCACUGUAUUUUAAAACCAGUGUUUACUCAACACCUGAUAACUGAAAUGUGCUCCUUUUCUUCCAAGCUAAAAUCACUCCCCCCAAAAAGCUACUGUAUUUUUCUGUGUAUAAAACGUCCCCAUGUAUAAGAUGACCCCUAUUUUUUUUAACCCAAACGUAAGAAAUUAAGUUGUUUAGCUUUUUGGGGUGGGGUGGGGGAGGUCACUUCUGCCAAUUGCUCACCCGCCUGCCUGCCACUGCCGGUUGCUUGCCACAGCCACUGCCGAUCGCACACCUUGCCGCAGCUGCCAAUCGCCUGCCCACUUGCCACAGCCAAUCGCCAGCAAGCCUUGCCGCAGCCACCAGUCACCCGCCCAAUCGCCGCUGCCAAUCUCCUGACUGCUGCUGCCAUUAAUCACACGUCCCCCCUCUGCAUUCACUAUAUAAGACGACACCCAAUUUUUGCCUAUCUUUUGUUAAAGCAAAAAGCAUCGUCUUAUACACGGAAAAAUACGGUAUUCAUUAACCAUCUAGUCAGGACAGAAACUUAUAAUAGCAAUCAAAAGUAACGUGAAGGAGCAUCUUACAGUUGAUAUGUCAAAGAAAAGAUCGGAAACAAUGAAGCACAAAAUUAGGGCAUUAUAUUUAUACCAUAUGGGACGUGGGUGGUGCUGUGGCUUAAACCACAGAGCCUAGGACUUGCCGAUCAGAAGGUUGGCGGUUCAAAUCCCCGCUACGGGGUGAGCUCCUGUUGCUCGGUCCCUGCUCCUGCCAACCUAGCAGUUCAAAAGCACAUCGAAGUGCAAGUAGAUAAAUAGGUACGGCUCCGGUGGGAAGGUAAACGGUGUUUCCAUGCGCUGCUCUGGUUCGCCAGAAGCGGCUUAGUCAUGCUGGCCACAUGACCCGGAAGCUGCACACCGGCUCCCUCGGCCAAUAAAGCAAGAUGAGCGCCGCAACCCCAGAGUCAGUCACGACUGGACCUAACGGUCAGGGGUCCCUUUACCUUUAUUUAUACCAUAGUAAACAGAGCAACCCAAACCCCGGCCAGGCAUCGGGGGGCAUGAUGGAUUGGCAUAGCCAUCACUGCACCUGCAGCCCUGUUAACUCAUGCCAGCCAAAGUGGGAGGCAGGAGAGACCAAAGCUGCCUCUGGGGCACAUAGGUCUGGAGCUGGCAUGGUAAUCAAGUGAUGGAAGUGGGACUGGCUCCUGGGUCUGUCUCCAUCCCUGGAAUGCCUUGUAGGAAAAACAGGGAUUCUCCACCCUUGGAGUGAUGGCAGAGCUCUUCCCUCUACUCCAGUUUGGUGGCCCCUGAACACCAUUUUUUAAAAAAAAUAUAAACAUCUUUAUUGAAAGUUCAUAAAGUACAUAAUUAUAUGUGUACUAAACAUGGUGAGACAUAAAUAAAAGAGAGAGAAAAGAAACAGAACCCACGUAGAAAGGAAAAUAAAGGGGGGGACCCAAACUAUACUAUAAAGGUAAAGGAACCCCUGACCAUUAGGUCCAGUCGUGGCCGACUCUGGGGUUGCGGCACUCAUCUCGCUUUAUUGGCCGAGGGAGCCGGCAUACAGCCUCCGGGUCAUAUGGCCAGCAUGACUAAGCCGCUUCUGGCGAACCAGAGCAGCGCACGGAAACGCCGUUUACCUUCCCGCCAGAGCGGUACCUAUUUAUCUACUUGCACUUUGAUGUGCUUUCGAACUGCUAGGUGGGUAGGCGCAGGGACCGAGCAACGGGAGCUCACCCCAUCGUGGGGUUUCGAACCGCCGACCUUCUGAUCGGCAAGUCCUAGGCUCUGUGGUUUAACCCACAGCGCCACCCGCGUCCCAAACUAUACUUUACAAGGUUGUUCUUGUACUUCACCAGAUCUUAACCUAUUACAGUAUUUGUAAGAAUGGAUUCCAGAUAUCAUUGAAUUUGUCCAGGGCAAGUCUGCGUUCAUAUGCAAGUUGUUCAUAUGUUGUGAGUUUGUGUAAGUCUUCAAUCCAAUCGUAGAAGGGAGCCGCAUUUUUAUUUUUCCAAUUAUCAAUAUCAGUCUUUUUGCUGUGGUAAGGGCACGGAGAGUCCAUUCAUAUUGCCCUUUCGUAAGGUUCCAUGUGCUGGGUAUAUCAUUCAAGAGGGUAUUUUGCUCUGUAAAUGCAAGGCUGUUCCAUACAGUUCUGUUGAUAGUUUCAGUUACCUUCUGCCAAAAAUAUUUCAGUAUAGGACAAUGAAAAAACAUAUGUGGCCUAAACACCUUGCUGAACAUUUCAGUCAAUUCAAGUAUCUAGCCAAUGACUGCCAGCCCCUUGAAACAUCUAUCAGAAUUACCUAUCUAGUACAUAAAGCAAAAAUUGAUAUGUCUCUAAUAUAUAUUAAUCACUUUGCAUUUAUCCCAUUUCUCAGGUUACAUUCUACGUGAUUUUAAGUACAACUAAAGUCAAUGUCGAUACCAAGGACUUGGACAUUAAUCUGAAAUUGGAGACGUAAGAUUUUUUAUUUUUUUUUAAGUAUUAGUUGUUUUUUCAAAUGCUUGUAAAUAUUCUGAAAUGGUUGUGACUUGGUUGUGAAUGUGGCGUAAUUAUGACAUGGAAAUGGUUAGUGGUUUUAAAAACAAAGCAGAAAAAACAAGUGUCCUUUUGUUUCCUUUUUGUUACAGAACAAGCAAUCAAGUUAAUUUGGAUCCAAUUACCGCUAGUGCUAAAGUAGUUAUUGAACUGCUUUUGUCACUCACAGGGUAAGUGUCUUAUAUUUAGCAUAACAAAUCAAUGCUAGAGACAAUCCUUUUGUGAUGGCCAUUAAAAUGUGAUGUUUCUUUUAACAACAGGGCGGCUAAGCCUGCCCAGGUCUACUUUGGAGGCAACGUCAUCGGUGAAAGCGCUAUGAAAUCUGAGGAGGACAUUGGCAGCUUAAUAGAAUAUGAAUUCAGAGUAAGUUUAUAUAUAUAUGAAGGAAUAGUUCUAGCACCUUCAUUAUACAUCUUUAGGCGCAAAGCGAAAACGUUCCUUUUCAACCAGGCCUUUGACUUGUUGACAUCUGAUGUCUUUUUAAAUGUGCAGAUGUGUGUGUGUGUGUUAUUGGUUUGUUGUUGUUCUUCCUUUUACAACGUAUUUUGUUUUGUAAUGUUAUCAGGGCCAGAUUUAGGUUUGAUGAGGCCCUAAGCUACUGAAGGUCAUGGGGCGCUUUAUAUGUCCAGCUGUCCUUUGUCAACAACAAAUUGUUGCUGUUUUUGUGUGUUGAAUAUAUGGUAAUUUAUGGACCUAAUAGGUAUCCAAAGCUAUUUGGACAUGUUGCCGUGCAACCAGUCCAUGCAGAAUGUAGGCACCCUAUAUAUAGAAAUGAGCAAACCAGUGAUAUUUUAGGGAGCAGGCUAGCAGGCGGGGCCUAUUACUUACAUCAUAGGAACCCACACAACACAAAACACUGUUGCUGUAUGUAGGUUUUAUUUUAUUUGUUUUUUAUCUUAUGUUUUGGAAAUGUACAUCCAUAUUUUUUCCCUUUAACUUUUUGGGAGCCUGCCAAGAGAGUGGGGCCCUAAGCUAUAGCUUGUUUUGCUUAUACGGAAAUCCGGCCCUGAAUCUUAUGUUGGGAACUGCCCUGAGAUUUGCAGAUGAAGGGCGGUAUGCAAAAAAACCACAACCAAUAUCGAUAAUGUCUUGUUGCAUGAGAAAAUGCAUGUUUGUUUUGUUUUUAAUAUUCUUGACAGAUAAUUAACUUGGGCAAGCCGCUGAAAACAUUUGGCACAGCUUCCUUGGACAUCCUGUGGCCAAAAGAAAUCAAGGGAGGCAAAUGGCUGCUGUAUUUGGUAUCUAUCAACUCCAAAGAGUUAGGAGAAGUCCAGUGCGAACCAAGGAAUGAAAUAAACCCUUUGGGAAUUAAGGUAAAUAAGCGUUGCCUGUCCGAACAUUGCAGGGAUUUAUUGCAGCUCUUUGGCAACUGGAAGAAGGCUGUAUGUUGUUGUCUUUGCAAGAGUGCCUGAGAAAAAGUGCAUAUAGGAAACUGGGUGGUGAUGCUGCUGCUGUAUAUACUUUUGACAAACCUGCAGAAUUCAGUUCUCCUUCAUAAAUCCUGCUCCAGCUACUCAGUUGUGUUAAACUUUUAAAUCUUCUGUAGCAGGGGUGGCCAACUCCCAAGAGACUGCGAUCUACUUACAGAGUUAAAAAUGAGCAGUGAUCUACCCCAUUUUGGGGGGUUCAGGUCAUAGUUGCUGAGCUUUUUUUAGGGGAGCUAAAGUUGUUUAGUUUCUUUGUGGGGAGUCUGUGAUCUACCACAGACGUCCCGUGAUCUACCGGUAGAUCACGAAUCUACCUGUUGGACGUGUCUGUUCUAUAGCACACUUCUUUAAAAAAAGACCCGACUGCAUUUAUAUCCCUGUUCAUUUUUAUAGAUGUCUCGAAGUUCAAGGACAAAACGUCAAGUCGCAGAGAAACAGACAGAGGGUGGCAAAAGCUUUUCUUUGUUUUCAGAAAGAAAAUAUAAGACUUUGGUAAGCAUUUGCCUUAACCUGUUACCAGCUGCUUUGUAUGCCUCUCUCUCCCUUUAUUUUCCAAAUUAGUCCCUUUAUUUUCCAAAUUAGUCAUCAAGUAUUUAUGCAGGGAGAUAUUAGGCAUAAAGAUUUUGAAUUCCUGUUGAAUAAUUUUAUUGAGUUACAUGUAACACGUAUUUUAAAAAUAACUGUUGUUUUGAAAUUUAAAGGAUUACAGUCGCUUGUCACCUUAAAGAUGACCACUUUUAUCUGGACAUAAAUGUUUGCAGAUUAGAGGCCAAUUUAUUAGUGGGCACUAGUCUGUGACAGUUUACGUCCUAAUAAAAUGAUCCACAAAGUAACUGGCUGUGUUUAACUAUAUAAAUUCUUUAUACAUCAUAUAAACAUAACUCUUUUCACAUUAUCUAACCGAGUAGAAGCAAUAAGGACCAACAUUUAGAACAGGAAAUACAAAUAGAUCAGUUCUUAUAUACGUAAUGUCCAAAUAGAAGCUUUUGUGUUCCACGUAUGUACGAAUGAAUCAGAUGUGAACCAUACUUUCCAAAGGCAGAUGUGGAACAUUACAAAGAAAAGUUCGUCUUUUGCAAGUACUGCUCCUUAAAGUUGUUACGUUUGACACUUGUAUUCGCUAAGACAUGCGUGGAACACAAAAGCUUCUAUUUGGACAUUACGUAUAUAAGAACUGAUCUAUUUGUAUUUCCUGUUCUAAAAGCUUUCAUUGUUCCUUUUGGCUGCAAAACAGCACAUUUGGCAGAAACAUUGGGUAUUCACCUUAAAAGUAUGCACUUAAAAAAAAGUUUUGCGUAUUUAAUGCAGGAAUGUAACAAGGAGGCAAACUGUGUCACCAUAAGAUGCCCACUACAAGGACUGGACAGCAAAGCAUCUGUUGUGUUGCGUUCAAGACUAUGGAAUAGCACUUUUCUAGAGGUAUGCUCUGUUAACUUGUCUUAGAUAGAUUCCGUGUUCAGGGAAGUUUUUAAUGUGUGACAUUUUAAUGUAUUUCUAAUCUUCAUUGGAAGCCGCCCAGAGUGGCUGGGGAAACCCAUCCAGAUGGACGGGGUACAAAUAAUAUAUUGUUAUUGUUAUUAUUAUUAUUUGGACCACCUCUUUUUAUUUUACCUAAUGCAAAUCUUUCUUUCUUUCUUUCUUUCUUUCUUUCUUUCUUUCUUUCUUUCUUUCCUACCCCGCUUUACCAGGAGUACUCUAAAAUGAGCUACCUAGACAUUGUCCUCAGAGCAACCAUCAGCAUAGCUGCGGCAGAUAACAUUAAGCUGGCAAACGAAGCUACUGAUGUGAGUCUGUGACAUUUCUUUUGACGAUGGAGGCCAUACGUUUUCGUAGGCAGGGAGGGAACUGUUCCUUCGGGCACGAGGCACGCAGCAUGUUCAACAGGGAAUAUACAUCAGUAAGGAAUCCUCUUUCAGCCUGAGGGCGGAAUUCCCUUCUGGCUGAUUUCCCAGGGGCCACAUAUCCAUGGUGGGUGGGGCCAGGGCAAAAGUGGAUGGAACCACAACUGUAAAUCUCAACUUUUUACAGUGGGCUGAUUUCUGCACACACGCCUUGGACCAUCUGACCAUCUGGGUCCCUUCUAACUCUACAGUUCAGUGAGUCUGUCCAACUCGGCCCAGGCAAGCAGGAAGCACUGUUGGUAGUGCGAGGAUACAAUCCAGCCUGGCAAAAACACCUGAGGAGGCUGCAUAGCAGGGGGAGUGAGAAGGGUGUAGCCUGGAGAGAGGGGGUGUGGAUGGGGAAAGCCAGAUAGAGCUGCUUUCCCCCCCAAAUAAUAUUUAUUAUUUUCAGUAAAUAAACAUAGUAAAGAAAGAAAGGAUUAACAAUAAUAAAGACAAGCAAAAAAGAAAAGAAAAAGAAAAAAGAUACAUACAACAUAUUACCAAUUAAUUAAUUAAAAUUAAGUACCAUCCAUCUUCAUAAACAUAGUAUUUGACUUCCUCGAAUCUCUUCCAUCCGAAUUUCUGAGUAAUUAUAUGUAGCAGUUUCCAAUAUCAAUGUUUCAAAAGACCAUAUCACAGUCUUAAUCAUAUUACAUAGCUUUCCUUAUUGUACAUUUUCUUAUUUAUAAAUUUAAUUCCAUUUUAACCCUGGCCUAAUUGUUUCUUUCAAGUGAUUACAUAUCUUUAAUAUUACAAUAUUUAUUCAAGUAGUCUUUAAAUUUCUUGAUAGAUCUGCUUUUCAGGGCUGCAUUUGCCCCCACCCCACCGAACCUAAGGUUUUCCACUUUGUUAUUGACCACGGCUUCCCAAACUCGGGUCUCCAGCCGUUGUGCGGACUACAAUUCCCAUCACCCCUAGCUAGCAGGAUGCAGUGGUCAGGGAUGUUGGGAACUGUAGUCCAAAAACAGCUGGAGACCCAAGUUUGGGAAACCCUAUUGCAGACGAUACUGAGCUAGGCAGCCCAAUGGACCUGCUUGGGUAUAAGAUAGCCUUCCUACGUUCCUACUUUUAGUUGCUAGUAAUAAAACAUCUGAAAAACGGUUUAAUACUGUCCACUAUGAUUCCAUUGCUCAAAAGGAUGCAGAUUUUUGAAGUUCAACACAUUGUGCCCUGCUAUCUUCUCCACUGACAUUUAUGUAUUUUCCCGAUCUGUAGGUGCGAGUGACUGUCUUCCCUGCAAAGACGGUAGCUCUGUAUAAAGGGGUUCCUUGGUGGAUCAUCUUAGUAGCUAUUCUCGCAGGCUUGUUAAUGCUUGCUCUGUUGGUAUUCUUGCUAUGGAAGGUGAGUUGUUUUACUAAUAUGCUAUUUUAAUAUGUGCUCCACACAUCAUGGGGGUUGUUGUUGUUUUUACAGAUGGAAAGAUACCACCAUCCACUUAGUAUAGGGAAAUGUCUUUCCUUUGGUUGAGAUGUUAAGUGAAACAACUUGCCUAAACAAGCAAGUAGUAGGGGGUAAAAAACCAGUUUUGAUCUUAUAAUUAUUUGUGCUGAAAAAUACCUGGUGAUAAUUUUAAACUCAUGUGCAUUUUGUUUUUUGUAGGCUAGCAUUUAUCUUCAUAAGAUGUCAAAAUAGUAUUUAGAACAUGAAAAUUAAUUUUGAGACUGUUAUUAAAUGGGGAAUCAAUUCCUAAUUUUAAAAUCAAUAUGCAUAGACAUGACUCAAUCUCAUUAGGAUUGAAUGUUGGCACUGAGGCUAUUUUUUUUAAUAAAGGACAGAAUUCUGAAAUCAACCAAGAUCAUAAAGGACACCACAUGUAACGCUAAGCCAAACCAUAGCUUAGCACGACCAAUCAAAUGUCCAGAUUCCUGGAAAGAAUAUCAUGACUGCUGUGUUCCUCUAAUACUGCUUCUGCUGCACUGCUGUGAGAUAAGCUAUGGUUUGGCUUAGUGUUACAUCUAAAUCAGACCUGCGGUUUAUCGCCCCCAAACCACAAGUAGCAAGCCAUAGAAUAAACCUUGACUACUGUUCAUGGUUUAUCUGCAGCAUGAUAAAUCUUGAGUCUAGAUUUGGAUGCAACCAAGCCACACCAUGGCUUAUUUCACCGCAGCAUAGUAGAAACAGAACUGGAGGAAGAACAAAGCAGCCACAAUCUUCUUCCCAAGAAACCCACAAAUUUUCCUCAUUCGUGCCAAGCUAUGGUUUGGUUUAGCUUUUUUCUGUAUGAACUGGGCCAGUCUCUUUCAUGAUCUCGGUUCGCUUCAGAAUCCUGUCCUUUGUAGAUAUGUAAAAAUAGCCUAGCAUUAUGUGUGAACCAGGUCACCAUCUUGAGAUGUUUUUCACAUAUCUACAUCUAAACACGCUCUGUGUGUGUAUGUAUACAUGAAUGUGCUGCCCCUUGCAUCAAAGGAUAAUUGAUAAGGAUUUCAGCUCACUACCUAAUGGACCCAAUCAUUCUCUGUGUGAAGCGUGUUGCCCAGGUGUAUGGGGAUUCCCAUAGGACUCAAUAUGCCACCCUUUCCACUACCUCAGUGUGCAGGAUGAUGCCGUGUGCCAAAAACCUUACAGGAAAUGGGAGGUUCAUGAACACCUCCCACAGUUCUUCCUCUCAGUGCUGUUCAGAUUAGUUGAGGUCAAGGUGUUGAGUUGCCCACACAAAAAAUGGGACACAGAAAUUCCAUCAGAAACCUUUUUAUACAUAGGCCAAAAAAAGGGGUCUUCACAGUCACUCCCUCUUUAAAACACCCGUUUGAUUUCUCAGAAAAGUGAAUCAGGUUUUGUUUUCUGCUAGAGAAAACAAACAUUAUGUGAUUUCAACAGUGCCAGCCUCAUACACGGAGCAUUUGUAUCCGGUUCCCCGUAUUUUUUAAAAUUAAUGUUUGCCAGCCUGCUGAUAAUGUAUAAUGUAUAUAACUGAAGGGUGAAAACAGCAAGUGACAAAGCCAGCCAUGGAAAAGUCCUACUGCAAGCAAGUCAGCUUCAAAGGUUAUUGUAGAACUGUGACAUAAUUGGAUGGAUAUUCUACCAUGCACAUACAUCUGGUUCACCUUUUUUUUCUUUUUUUCUUUUCACAUUAGUCCGUAACAUUGACUAAAUGCCUUGCUUCCUUAUAGUGUGGUUUCUUCAAGAGAGAUAAGAAAGAUCAUUAUGAUGCCAAAUAUCACAAGGCUGAAAUCCAUGCUCAGCCAUCUGAUAAAGAGAGGCUUACUUCUGAUGCAUAGUAUUGAUCAACUUCUGUAAUUGGUAAUUGAUCAGUUUUUUUUGAAUUUGUUAGCUGCUGCGGGACAUGCUUUUUGGUUGUGGUGGCUAAUGACUGGAAGCUUGCUGCAUCUGUUUCCAUUAAUUGCUGCGUUUUCAAAAUAUCAAUUUGCGCUUGCUUAUGUCGUUUAUAACCGUCUCUCCCUCUCUCAAUGCACGAAGACGCAAAUCCUUUCGUCAAUUAUUUUUAACAGCUGUUUACUUGUGCGUUCUUCCUUGAAAUUCUGAAGGCUUUCUGCCUAAGGAUGGCAAUCCAGCUUCUCAACAUGUAGGCUCAUGAUCCAGGUGACAGAUUGUGCCCAUGGAGCUAUGUUAUUCUGCUGUGGAAAAAAAGGAAAUGUUCUAAGGAGUCCCCGGGCUCCGUUCUUCAUUGAGAAGAUGGGUUCUAUCAGGAGCAAACUAGACAUGACAUUAAAUGCAUCUGCACGCUUCAAUAUGCAGAUUGUAAAAAAAUGGAAAUAGAAUCAUCUGGAAAGAAGAGGGGAUGAUAGAUAGAUAAUUUAUUACGGUCAAAGACCAGGCCGCAUAACACAGUAAAAACAGCGUUCAUAAAGAUAAAAUAUUCAAUCAAAGCAGAUUGCAGCAAUAGCUCAUGAGUUAAAACUGAGAUAUAUACAUACACCCGUACAACUGAGAUUUGGGCUACCAUAAAAAUUGACCCUGAGGCACCCCAAAGGGCGACUUCAGCAUUUCCCUAGUAAGCUAUUUUAUUCUAGAGGAUGAUCUGUGCCUACAAAUCUGGGCGCAGAAUCUGGCUACCAGCCAGGUCGUCUUGUGAUCUUUGCCUAGAUCGGUGAGCCUCUUCAGCAAAGGAUCAAUGGUGUCUCUACGAAUCUCAACAUAAAAAGGACACCUAAAAAAUAUAUGUUCGGGGCUUCCUAUUUCCCCUAAUGGAGAGGGGAUGAUAAUUGUCAGGAUCCCUCCGUUCUCCGAAGUUGCUGUUCACCUUGGGAGGAAAUCCCUCGCUGUGAUUCCUGCACCCACCCUGGCCAAAGCAAAUGUGAGCUCCAGAAGAGGGAUUUUCCACAGCAAAGGAGGAAUUAGUUAAAUUACCCCUCCCCACAUGCUGCAAUCCCAAUAAUGAUCAGUCCUAGCCCUAUGGCUGAUGCUAUAUAAUUUUUAAUACCUUCACAUUAAACUAAAUGCAAAAGCUGAAUGUCCUAUAUAGUUUGGCCCAGUGGCAAGCUUUCCCGAAGGCCACCUUGCCCAACUGCAACGGAUCUUUCCCUGCAAUAUGCAAUAGAGGGUUGGAUGUGCCCUAGAUUGAACUCUGGAUUCACAUGGACCUAUGAGGAUUUGACAUCCUGCCCCAUGUUAAUGCGUGUGGAUCCUAGGACAUGUCUGAGAAUCCUCUGCAAGGUGCUGGGAUUCUGUAGCUGCCUUAGAGGUAAACUGCUGUGGGAAGGGAAAUUGUGGAGCCAAGCUGCCAUUCAUUGGCAAGCAACAAGGAGCUAGGUAACUCCAGCUCGCUCACCUAGAUCUAGGAGCAUUUUCAGAUGUGAGGCUUGGACAACAGCCUUGGAACCUCCUGUUCUGUUUUGUUCGAAUGUGAGUUGAUAGCAUGAAAGAGAAAGCAGGAGAGACCUGAAUAGAAAUGAGCACCCGUCCCAACUUUAGGUUUCCCACUGAAAUGUGAAGCAAGAAGCUCUAAGCUUGUGUGGGGGGAAAAAUGGUUUUCUUGCACCGACUGUGGUGCAAGUUUUCAUGUAGGUAGUUAAUGAAACUAUUAGAGGUGGUUCAUUUAAACCUGCCUGUGGGUUCUUUCAACAUUAAAAACAAUCGUCACUAUGGCAUUAGCAUUUUAAGGUUUUACUUUCCCAAUCCAUCACAUAGUUAAAGCUGCAAUCCUGUACCCAUUUACCUAGGAGAAUGCUCUGCUGAACUGAGUAGACAUGUAUACGAUUGCGGUGUGUGUGCGUGCGUGCGCGCACGCAUGUGCAUCUGGACUGUGGGCUGUGAUUGCAGUCCACAACAAUUAAAUCAAUGUGAGAUUUGACAUAGGCUUCAAUAUAGCACGAGCCAUACCAUAUAUAGAUUGUAGGAUUCUACAUAUGUUUUGCUCCUGCGCUCAGAAGUUCAAUAGCUCUAUUAACCACUAACGCAUGCCGAAAGCCUUUAUUGCUGGUACUGCUUUUUCUCGUAAAGGGCUGUUCUCAAUUUGUCAAUUUCUGUGGGAAGUUUAUGGUAAAUUUUGAACUUCUGUUUUCUAUCCUUAAAUAUGCAUUUCUCCUCUGAAGCUUGCCUUCUGCAUGAUGCCGUGUGCUGCUGCGAAACCUGAAGUCAUAUUUAAGUGAAUAUUAUAUUCUGCUUGCUGGAUUGCCGGGACAACCACUUUGAUCUUUAAUGAGCAAAAGCAUUACCUCUAAAAGAAGCUGAAAUGAGUCAUUUGUCAGACAAAACAAGCAUUUAUCUUAGGUUCUGAGUCUGUUGAACAAUCUCAAGACUCAGGCACUGAGGUGAGGGGUGGAUCCAGAGGCCUAUGAGCUCCAAAUAAUAAUAAUAAUAAUAAUAAUAAUAAUAAUAAUAAUAAUAAUAAAUUAUUUAUAUCCCGCCCUCCCCAGCCGAACCCGGGCUCAGAGCGGCUAACAACAAUAAAAUAAUACAGUAAUCUGGUGCCCAGUUACCAUGAGUGAAAAAUCGGAGGCAAGAUAAUGCCUGCGGAUGUUUGUGCUAAUUCCCUGUAUCCAUUGGUGGUCUUCAGAUCUCGUGAGAUUUGCAGAAACCAAUCAGAAGCACCAUUAAGCAGAACAUUCAACAUGCUGAACAGUGAGAUCCCCAGCCAAGCUCAGCUUGAGAGACUAGAGAAAAAGGCCCUUCCUGCGUGGCAUGCACUCUCAAGACCUACAGGUCCCAAAGUUCUUGCAGGCAUUCCUCAUACGUAGGCGGGAGGAACCAGCAGGGCCUGUCCUUAGAAAAACGGGACAUCUCAAGGACAUUGAGAUCCCAGGGAAACUGGUGAUGAGAUUUACAGGCCCAUGGAAGUAAACGAGUUAGGCUUCUGGCCUCCAGAGUGCAUACCCUGUUUCCCUGAAAAUAAGACCGUGUCUUAUAUUAAUUUUUGCUCCCAAAGAUGUGCUAGGUCUUAUUUUCAGGGGAUGUCUUAUUUUUCCAUGAAGAAGAAUACGGUACACGUUGAACCAAAAAAAAAAGGAAAUUUAUUACCUGUACAGUGGUACCUCGGGUUAAGAACUUAAUUCAUUCCAGAGGUCCGUUCUUAACCUGAAACUGUUCUUAACCUGAAGCACCACUUUAGCUAAUAGGGCCUCCCGCUGCCGCCGCACUGCCGGAGCACGAUUUCUGUUCUCAUCCUGAAGCGAAGUUCUUAACCUGAGGUACUAUUUCUGGGUUAGCGGAGUCUGUAACCUGAAGCGUAUGUAACCCGAGGUAUCACUGUAUACGGUACAACGCCUUAUGGUAGCUUCGGGGGCCUUAUAUUUCGGGGUGGCCUCAUAUUACAGCGAGAAGCAAAACUGGAAGUAGGUCUUAUUUUCGGGCGAUGUCUUACUUUCAAGGAAACAGUAGAAUAAGCAAGGCUACCCCCCCUCCCUGCAGUGAUGGAAAACAGUGCCUACAGGGCAUUUCUCUCUUGUGUAUUAUUAAUUAUUUGUCUCUUGUGUAUUAUCAACGCAUGCCCUACUGCCGUGUCUGGCGGCUGCAAGUAGAAAUCGGGCAGUUGGGGGCGAGAGUCAGCAUUCAUACCAAGCUAGGAGGGAAGACACUGGGAAGUAGCAAGACUGAACAGCCUCACUCUUCCACCGAGUAGGAUGUGGCUUUGAGGCAGUCAAGUGGUGAGAGGGGUGCUUUCCACUUCUGGUUGCCCCCAGCCUUCUGUGAAGUGAGAAGGCCGAUCACUCCCUCCCUCCCAAAGUUCUUUAGAAAAGUGGGGAGCCUUGCACAAGAGACGUUUUCACUGCUGGAUGCCUUUCGACCUGGUCUUCAUCCCCUUACUUCAUCCCUUGUGAACCCUCAGUUUGUGCUAGAGCAGGCAUAGGCAAACUCGGCCCUCCAGAUGUUUUGGGACUACAACUCCCAUCAUCCCUAGCUAACAGGACCAGUGGUCAAGGAUGAUGGGAGGUGUAGUCCCAAAACAUCUGGAGUGCCGAGUUUGCCUGUGCUAGAGAGUUGGGUUUUUGUUUUUUUGGAGGGGGGGAAGAGUUAGUUUUCUGCCUUUCUAUCCAAACUGGCACAAAGUGAGGUGCCAAUUCCCCAUUCUGCCCGCCUCACCCCCAAGUUCUGAUAUGCAGAACUUGAAAUCAAUAUUUGGCUCUGUUUGUCGCUUAAGAAAUUCCUCACCACCACCAGAGACCAUAUUUGUGAGACCUUGGCUCUACAGGGAACUGUUUUCAUAGUUUACUAAUAUAGGAUUAUUAAUCCAGAAACCACAAACUUACCUUUUAUCUUGACAACAUACAGAGUAUAACUAUGUUGGCUCAACUUUUUUCUUUUCUUAAAAAAAGUCUUAUUUUUAUAAGGUAGAUUUGAGAUUAAUGGAAGUGAUUUCUAUCUCCCUGCUUGGAUUGCGCUCUUUGCCGACUCCUGCUGCUGCUGCUGUAUUUGGGGGGCUGCAUUUUGCCUGUUCUCUUUAAAGGAAGGCUUGUCUGUGUUCUGCUGGCGCAAGGACGUAACCGCACAUUUAACUCCUAUCUUGGAUUUCCUUCCCCUACAGUGUGGGUUCUUCCAGCGUUCCAGGUACGAUGACAGCGUCCCACGCUACCACGCUGUAAGAAUUCGGAAAGAGGAGAGGCAGAUCAAAGAAGGAAAAACUAAAGAGAAUUAUGCAAAAAAACAGUGGAUCACGAAAUGGGAUGAAAACGAAAGUUAUUCCUAGGGAUCACCCCUGAACUGAAGGCUCAUUUAAAAAAAAAAAAGUGUAUUUGAUUCACAUGAUGGAAGGAUGGAAGUCCUAUGUAGAGAAACAGCUGCCUUAAAAAAAAUAUUGUUACUUCUAUACGAAAGCAUUUUUUUGUUUUACAGACCUAACUUUGAAGACUGCUUAAACCAAUCUACAUGCCUUAUCUAAAAUGUCCAAUGUUCAAAAGCCAUUUCAGUUUUAAUCGAAAUUAUCAGGCAGGAAAGGAAGAGGGGAGAGAGUCUGUAGAGGGAAAAUAAUCUCAGGCUGCUCUGCCUCUGUCUGGAACGGUUGAGCCAAUUGUGUGGGAGAGGCGAUUGUCCAAGAGCUAAAUAGAAAUGAAGUAACCUGAGAUAUGUGGCUUAUUAGAACUCUCCUGCGAGAAUUUGAAGUGUGCAUUAGUUCGAACUGCAUGUUCGGUCCUGUCUCAACCUGGCUAACCUUCUUGCCCUGUUUUUCUUGCAUACCUGAGCAGCUAACCUAUGAAAGAUACUAUGAUCAUUUCCCUAAACAUGGGUGCUCUUUAACAUUUCAGUUCAUUGGUCUUUUGUUAUUUAAAUCUGUGUCUCGGUGGAAGGGGAUAUUGCCUUGCAUGGAAUGCAACAUCACUUUUUUUGUGAGGAGAGUCCAGCCACACAACACUACACAGACACAUAUACGGUAUGAGACUUGAGUGUGACAGAGAGGCAUUGCCUACCUCUCCCAUUUGUGGUUGCAACUUCCCAGUGGUAGCAAGCCAAGCAUUAACUUUGGAACAUGCUUUAUAUUUCCUGGUUUUUAGGGGCAUCCCAGCCCCCCAAAAAACCUGGAAGAUACUCUCCCUUACUCUCAUGCAUAUGGAAUCUGGUUGUAAGUAUUCACUUGCGAGAGGCACUCUGCAAAUGGUCGCAAGUUUAUUCCUUCCCAUUUCUAGGAUUAAGCCAUGGCACUGAAAAUAGGUUGUAAACUUUGAUGGGAGUCUUUCAUUUUGGGGGGAAUGUAUGGCUUGGAUUUUCAAAGGCUUUUUUGUUUUUUGUUUUGCAACAGAAGCAAACGCUUCCCAACAUUUUGUCAAGCUUUCAUACAUUUGGUUGGUUGUUGGGUUUAUUUGUUUUUUGUUUCUGCCAAUACAUGUGUAUGUGUUCUUGUAAAAAAAGAAGAAGUAGGCAUUCAAGAACCGAUGCAAAUUGGUGUGGCUAAAUUUCUAAAGGAGAGGUGAAGAUUAACUUUGUCUGGAAGUCAUAUUCAUGCAAAAGCCAUUCCUUCUGUCUGUGAAUAUAUGGAGAAUAGGGGAUGUUUCUCAGUAGUGAGAGCAUGGCGCUUUGCAUGUGUUUAAAUAGGGUUGCCACAUUACCCCAAGCUGGUUUUUUUUAAGCGUUUCUUAAAAAACGCUUUUCCCCCGAUUCAUUUUGCCACUUAAGGAAAAAUCCACCCUGACUCCAUUUUGCAACCCAAUUCCCGCAUGUGUCCAUGGAAAACCCGGACAUAUGGCAGCCCUAAUUUAAAGGCACUCCAUCCUUUAACUACUGUACUGAUCCUACUGUGGCAAAGGGAGGGGAGUUUUAAAAUUACUGCCCUGCCACCCGAAAAAUCACCACCCACCAACAUGCAUAGCGGCAUUGACAUGUGUACGUCAGGUAAUUUUGAAAUCUCCAACAGUGCAAUCGUAUACACGUCUACUCAGGAGCAGGUCCUGUUGAGUUCCAUGGGUCUUACUCCUAAAUAAGCAUCUAUACGAUUGCACCCUAAAUCUGCUAAUUCCUUAUCCUAACUCUUGUGCGCAGCCAUGGUAGCCAGCAUUAUCUUAAAAUGUGCAAUAGGCCAUCUUUCAAUCAUGCUUUUUAAAGAUCAGUUUGUGUGCCCCUGUUGCUCACACCAAAUAUACACAGGUUUGUUUUUCAAAGCUUGAAUAUUGGUUGUACUUUUUGUAUAUACUGUAAGUCAUUCCUAUAUAUUUAUUUUUACCAUAAAUCUUUGUCUUUGACUAACUGUUAAGCCAAAGAUUCUUUUUUUAAUGAACUUUAAAUAUAGUGAGCAAUAGUGUGUAAGAGUUCAGGGUUUAAGACAUUUUCCACCAGAUGUGCCAAUUCUUAAACCUUUGGAUACCAACGACUAAAACAUUCUUGUAAAAUCCUUCUUUAUACAUAUUUCUGAUUGUGUAAUAGAGGAAGUAUUGUAUCUUCUGAAUAAUUUGUGCACUAAUGCAUACCUGCAGAUGUUUUAUCUAUAGAAGUUUUAUAUGACUAACUUAUGUGGCAAGUGUUCCAUGGGUGGGUGGGGGGACACGAGGGGGGAGGUUUUCUAGCUCUGUAUUUCUGUAUUUGCAACAAGAUCAACUACUGCAAAUGUUAUCGCACUUGAAACAAAGGAUAAGCUACGAAUAAAUUUAACUAUGGAUCUUCACCGGUCCAAUUUAAGACUACUGACUAAAUGUCCUAAAUACCUAAAUUUUGAUUUUAAGAAUAGUUCCAUACAGUUUGAUACUUGUGAUUGUAACCAAGGUAUUUGCUGUUGUUGUUUUUAAGCUACAUCUCUAUAUAUUACAAAAGCCCUCAUUGGUACUGAUUAAGCAAGGAUCAUAAAUGUGCUGUAACAUUUACUAUAUAUGAAAUAUCAACAGAAGCUUUAGUAUGUGCAGAUAGUUUGAGAUUGGGUGAAAACUAUGCAAACCUUUAAAUAUCUAUCGUCAGGAACCAGACUCUAUAUGCCUUACAGUUACACUACAAAAAAAUAAAAUAAAAAUAAAGCGCUAGCUGCUGGUGAUUAUUGUCCUUUCCAAGGCUGUCAAGUUCAACUUCUUUCAUUCCACCUUGAUCUGGGAUCACUCAGUCAGUCGAGCAUGAAACCCUUAAUCUCUAGAGUCGUGGGUUCGAGACCAUGUUGGGCAAAAGAUUCCAGUGUUAAGAGCAGUAGACUCGUAAUUUGGUGAAUCGGGUUCGCUUCCCCACUCCUCCACAUGCAACUGCUGGGUGACCUUGGGCUAGUCACACUUCUCUGAAGUCUCUCAGCCUCACUCACCUCACAGAGUGUUUGCUGUGGGGGAGGAAGGGAAAAGGAGAAUGUUCGCCACUUUGAGACUCCUUCGGGUAGUGAUAAAGCAGGAUAUCAAAUCCAAACUCUUCUUCUUCCUGCACCGUUGCAGGGAGUUGGGCAAAAUGCAUCUAUUUUCCAACUCAAGGCUUCAUAGAAUCAGUCUUCGGACAAACCAAAAAAAAGAAAUAAAACUCUGACCACACAGUUUAUAUAAAAAAGUAUUUUUUUCCAAAAAGCCUUUAAAAAAAAUUAAAUAUUUAAACUUAUUAUUGCCAAAUAUUUACCAACUCUGGUGCCUCGCAACGUAUUCCACCAAAUACUGCUGCUUUGUCUCAGCUAAACAGGGUCUCUUACAAGAGCCUCAUAGCAGCACUUCUUAAAUCAUUAUUGUUCAGGAUCCCACAGCUAUGGGCUUUGAAACUUGAAAAGGCAGAACUUUAAAACACUACUGCAUCUUCUCAUUAAAAAAAAAAAAAAUUAAUUCUGGUGCCUUGUCAAAAAAGGGGGGCAAAUCCAUAGGCAAUGCUAAAUUAGGGCUGGUCUUUAUUAUAAAGUGUCAUCUCAAGUCACGUCACUGGUAUAUAUAUUCAUUUUAUACAUUGUCGCUAACAUCAAAUGUUAAAUCACGGCUAAAAAUCACCUGUGGAUAUUUGUAUAAAAAGUGUGAAAUAAAUUUUGUAUGAAAAGCU